GCAGUGCUCUGGCAGCCCUGGGAGGAAGGCCUUUUGCAUGCACUCAGGUUGAAGAGCCUCAAAUGGCAGGAAAAUUAUCUGGCUCUGGAGGGAGGACUGAGAGUGUCCUUUGUUCUUUCAAGGUGCAGGAAUGAAAAUCUUUAAAAUCAAGAGGAAGGGGAGAUCGGAGUAAACCCCCAAGAAAAGGGAAUAAAGGCAAUCUGUGUGUGAUUCUGUGCUCCCACAACAUCCAGGGGCUGGGGUCUGCAGGGUGCAGCUCUUUGUCCAGGUUGGCUUCAUUGCCCACACAGACCAGGAGCAAGCAGAACAUCACGAGUUGGAGAACACCCCACAGCCUGGCCCUGAUGCCCUGGAGCUUGGUAGGAAAAGAUGUGUGGAUAUAAUUUCUGUAGUUAUUUAUUGAUUUGUUUAUACCCCUCUCUCACACACCCCCUUUGUGGGGCAUUGCUUUCACCCAUCCCCCAACCAGUUUUUUUUUUUUUUUUUUACACGAUCACCUCUGUACCAACCCCUGGCUUACCAUCACCGCUUCCCUUCCCUGAGCACCUGAUAAUUAGUUAUCACUGCCUUACAAGUCUGAAAAUGCAACUGGUGUUUGUUUUUAAUAAGAACUUUAUUCAUUUGAAAACUAAAAUGUGUAAAAAAAAAUUAAUUAGGUAGAAGGCGUGUAGAGUUUUGUUUUUGUUUAUGUUCCUGUGUUUACGGCAAAUUGUGUUAUUACAGCGAUUGAAGUUAUCCCUAUACUCUACAUGGCUUGUAUUUUAAAAAUUUUAUUAUAACUGAAGCUUCUUCCCAUCCUAUUCACACACAGCAUAUAUCUUGAUAUUAACAAUCAUUAUUAUUAGUGUGUGUGUAUAUAUGUGUGUAUAUAUAUAUAUAUAUAUAUAUAUAUAUAUAUAAUUACCAUGGCAACCUCAGAUUGUGCAAGUUCUUAGAAGAACAGUUGUCACUGUGUUCCGACAGGUCUGGCCUUUUCAUGUGUGCUUUGUCAAGCGCUGUUCUGCAUAUAUUGUUGUUGCUAUAAAAUAAGCAAAAGAAGAGGAGACGGAUAUGCUGUUAGUGUUUACAGUAUAUCAGUAUAGUUCUUAUAUACGAAGUUCUAACAUUAUUAUUAGCAGCAGCAAAUAUGUAGAUUAUGGCUUUGGAGAUGUACAAACCUUUACCUGAAAUAUCUGGUAGUUUGUAACCUCAAAAACAGAACAAGGUUGUGUUUAAAAAAAAAAAAAAAAGCAAAACAAAUUCCAUUUUGCACUGAAGCCAGGAAUAGUGUCUGCAAAAUAGUGUAAACCAUGACUAUUCCAUGAUACAUUUUUGGUUUUUAAUGGUUGUUGAACACCUGUUCUAGUUUUGUUAUAUAUAAUAUUAUAAAUGUUGACUGUGGAAGUAUACAGUGUCAAUGCUGACAAUAUUUGGAGAGGUUGAUCAUGUUCAGUUUCUGCAAUAUUGGUGAAAAAUAUUGCAUCAGCUGUUGUUUUUGUUUUUUGUGGUUUUUUUUGUUUGUUUGUUUUGUUUUUUUACUGCCCUCAAAACCUAAAAAUAAUCAUGAUUACAUAUAUUAGAUGAGACUGAAAAUGACUAGACUGUAAGUGGUUUACAAUAUUCAGUUGUUGUUUUUUGUUUUUAUUUUUGCAAAUCCACUGCUAUACUGUAAAUCCAUGAGUAUAGGCAGUUUUUUCUAAUAUUAGAAGAAGCAAGCACAUAUGAAAGGUAGAAGGCCAAGUGAUGGAAGCAUUGGCAAAAUGUUGGCUCCUAAUGAGCUAAACAGCCUACCAUCCAUACCAGAUGGAUACCAAAUACGCUUAAUAAACGCAUUAAUAAACUCUCAACAGAGCACCUAAUAGAAAAUAUAUACCUUAUUUACAGAUACCACUUUCUACAGGAAAGUUAUUUUUAAUAUACAUAUUCUGUCUCAUGCUAAACAGCAGAAUCUCUAACAUUUUGUUAACUGUGGAAUGACCCAUUUAUGUAAACUUGUGUGGUCUCCCAACCACUUCACAUGGGACAUGAUGUAGAAGCGCUCUCCAUCCAAUUUAAAAAUAUCACCUGACUAUGAAUUUUGUAAACGUCUUUUCAAAGAACACACUAACCUAAAAAAAAUAUAUGUAUGUUUAAUGCUAGAGUGUCCCUUGGUACUCGUACUGUCUCCCUCUCAGUUGUAAAAGAACAAAAAAAGUUAUUAACCCUUGAAGGACAGAGGCAAUGGUCUAACUUCUGAACCAAACAAAAUCUAAUGCUAUGUGAUUGUUUUGCUGUAAUUAAGGAUGUUUCUUUUGUUUAACCCACAUAUAUUAUAUAUUGUUUUUUGUUAAUUGCAAACAUUUGACACGUUUUUUUUUUUUCCCCCUCUCCAUACUUAAUAUUGUUUAAAAAAACAAACCAAUAUAUAAUCUGCACUUGAAUAAAAAUCCUUUAAUUCUAGGUUUUAUUUUGGUCUAGAAGCUAGACAAUUGCUUCUUUCCUUAAUAGGUUAAAGUAACACUACCACCCCAUAGCAUCUUGAUAUGUGCAGUAAAUUUGCAAUUCUAAAUCAUGCCAGAGUGGCAUAUAAAGGGCCAGGUUCUAGGCAAUUUAAUCAUUUUCAUUAUGAAGAAGUGGGUUCUUAGAAAUUCACUUUAAGGACACUUUUAUAUAGUUCAGUUAUAUAUUUCUGAACCAUAUCAAGUACAGAGAUUGGUUUAAAUAUUUUGUGAGGUAUUCUGCAUUUCUGAUCAAUCUAAUUUUUCUGGUAUUUGAAGUGGUCCUGGUGCUUGAAGUCUGUGCAUUGAAACACUGCAAAUUCCGAGUUUUACUCCUUUGCUGCUAGAGGUGUCAGAUGUCCAGUAGCGUCAUUGGGGCAUCAGUUCUGGGCUGGUUGGCUAUUAGUUGCAUUCAGUGCCUGAGAGCAGUCAGCUGAAACCCUCAACUAAUGAAUGGCCAGCGGGAUCGGUAUCCAGAUUCUUCAGCUCCGCAUAAGCAGAUGCAUAUCACCGGCCAUAGAGGACACCCUGUGCCCGGCGGAAACCCAAGUGAGAUGGCAGACCAUUGCAAAACAGUUUAAGCUAUUACCAGUAAAUGGGACCAAGCUACUUAUGUUAUCAUGACCAUGUCCUUCUCCAAACUCUUCAAUCCCUCGGUCUCUGUGAGUCCCACAAGUAUCUGUUCUUGGUCACCUUCUGUUCUCUCUUUAUGCUGCCUCUCUUGGCAAACUCAUUAACUCCUUUGGAUUCUAUUAUCAUCUGAAUCCCGACAACACCCAGAUAUAUCUCUCCCCCGCGGUCCUGCAACAUGUCACUGCUUGCCUUUCUUCAAUCUCUGAUUGGAUGUCCGCCCGCUUUCUGAAAACUCAAUCUCUCAAAAACUGAGCUUCUUAUUUUUCCCCCACAUAAUUUUCAUCCUCCUCCUUCGCUUUCCCUACAAGUUCAUGGUACUUGCAUCAGUCCAUCCUUGCAAGCUUAUUGUCUUGGUGUUAUCUUUGAUCCUGGCCUCACCUUUGCAAUAUCCAAUAUGUUGCUAAAACCUGUCGAUUCCACCUUAAAAACAUUGCCUGCAUCCGCCCCUUUAUCACGCAAGAUGCUGCCAAGGAACUUGUUCAUGCUCUGGUAAUCUCUUGCAUGGAUUACUGUAAUUCUCUCCUUGUUGGUCUCCCCAAAAGCCGAACUGCCCCGCUACAAUUGGUAAUGAAUGCUGCCGCCAAGCUGAUCUUUCUCACCCGUUGCUCCUCCCAUACCUUGCCCCUCUGUUGAUCCUUACACUGGUUUCCUCUAUCCUAUAGAUGUAAAUUCAAAAUGCUAACCCACUCUAGCCCCUGUUACAUUUCUCACCUUCUCGGUCUCUCCGCUCUGCCGGUGACCUUCUCCUGUCCGCUGCUUGCACCCUUACUGCUAACUCGCGCUUGCAGGAUUUCUCAUGGGCGUCUCUCUUCAUUUGUAACAGCCUGCCUAACCCCAUCAGACCCUCCUCUAGUCUUCAAUUGUUUGACGUUCCUCAAAACACAUCUGUUCAGAAAUGCUUAUGGACUCCCAGAGUAACUUAUCUAUAAUUAUUCAAAUUUGUCUCUCGCUCUCCUUAAAGAGCCAUGCUCCACUCUAACCUCCAGCUCUGCUACUCUUCCACCUUGUUUGGUGGCUGUCAACCUUGCUUCCCUGUUGUGUUUUUGUACCCAACCUCCUCUAGACUGUAAGCUCAUUUGAACAGUGUCCUCAUCUACCUAUUGUUCCUGUGUAACUGUGUAAUUAUCUAAUUUAUUGUAAAUUCCCCCCCUUAAUAAUAUUGUAAAGUGCUGCAGAAUUAGUUGGAGCUAUAAAAAUACCAAUAAUAAUCAUAACCAAUACAGCUGGUUAGAAUAGCUAAUUUAAAGGACCACAAUAGGGUCAGAAACACAAACAUAUAUUUCUGACCCUAUAGUGUUAAAACCACAAUCUAGCCAACCUGUCCACCUCUUGCCUCCCUAAAUAUAGUAAAAUCUUACUUGUAUUCAAGCUGCUGCCAUUGGGGUUAGUGACAGAGCUUCUUUAAAAGGUACCUGUCAUGGUACGUACAACAUAUAAAGAAUGCUCCUUUUUAAAAGAGCAUAAAAUAUAAUGUAUACAUUGUACUAGUAGAUUUGCUAGUACAUUUAUAGAAUGGGAGAAAAACCUGUUCAAAAAUCAGAGUAGAAGAAGCCUCCCACAGGCGGUGCUUCUGCUUUCAAAGCAUAACAACCAAAGUGCAUGCGCUGUGUUUGCUAUGUUAACUCCCUUGCCACCACUGUUGGCACUGGCCAAGGAGAAUAGGAACAGAGUGACUGAUGUUACCCCAUUCAGACAUCAGCAUGCUGGUAAUGAAGACCAUGGGCGAAGCACAGGUAACCGGAUAUGGUUGUUACAGAACAGUAACACCCACAAACCCGAGGACAUUGCAGCACUGGGCCAGAGAUGAGGAAGCUUGUCUCUAAACUUUACAUUGAAUACAUCACAUAUCUCACAUACAUCUGAUAUAUGAUGCAUUUGGGGCGUUUGUGUUAAAUGACAGGUUUACUUUAAAUAUGUAUAAUUGCAAGAUCUUCUCCAAACAGUCCAGCUGACAGCCAGGAUGGCUUCCUGAUCUAAUCCUCUUGAACGAUUUGUUCACAUGGAAAUUAAAGCAUCCAUCGAGGAAGCGUUCCUAUGGGUGAUAACUCUAUUGGAUGCUUGUUUUUGUGUUUUCUGUUUAGCUGUGGGCAUUCCACAUGUUAUAGGCUGUUAUAGGGAGGACAGGUACAAGCAUAAUGUCUGUACCUCUAGUAAUAGCUUUCUCAUGGUCUGGUGUGCUCUAGUGAGUUAGAGUGCAGCCGCAUAAUUAAUCUUCGGCACUCCAGAUCUUUUGGACUACACCUCCCAUUAUGCUUUGCCAGCAUUAUGGGCGUAAGAGCAUUAUGUGGGAUGUAGUCCACAACAUCUGGAGUGCUGGGGUUGUGUACUCCUGGCCUACACUGAAUGCCAGGAAUGCCCAUUAGGCUCUAUUAGCACAAACCACACACACAUACAUUACACAUUAAAUCUGAAUGUCUGAACAUAGCCAGUGGAGAUUAUAGCUUAGUUGAAAAAUGUUUUUUAGAUGAGCUAUUUUUAUUUCCCCUCCGUUUUUCAUUCAGAUUUAAUUUGUGAUGUAAUCAGGAUCCCCUAGCUUUCUAAUUUGAAAUUAUUUUGUGUCAGGACAAGUUGAUUGGGCUACCACUUGAGUCCUUUGGCAAGUAGAUUUUUAUAAUAAUAAUUAUUAUUAUUAUUCGCAACUGCUGGUUCCGCUAAGUAGAUUUCACUAAGUCAUGCUGAUACAUUAGGUAAGGGAUACCCAAAUGAUAGAUCCCCCGAUGUUUGUUUUAUUACUGCAGCUUCUAUUAUGCUUUGUCAUUCUAAAGGCAUGCAAAGCGUCAUGAGAGUUGUAGUUCUGAAAACAUCUGGGGAUCUUCCUUUUGGGCACCUCUGCUAAAUUAUCAUUUUAAAUUUGUAUUGAUUGCAAAGGAUUUUGUUGUUUUAAAGGUUUGUUUUUUUUCUUCUUGUUUAUGUGAUAUGCUUCGGUUAAACAAGUAUGCAUAAGAGUUAAUUUUUUUGUUUUUGUGGGGGGGGGGGUAUAAAUAUAGGGUAAACCGGACAUCAGAAUAUUCUCAAAGAAUCUAUUGCUCGUUUAAAUCUGAUUACUUAACAAAGUAUUAUUAGCUAAACUUGGAAUUGAUAAUGUCAUUCCAGAUUGUUGCGCAUAUGUGAAAAUCAACAUACACCCUGAGCAAGACAAAACAAUACUCUUUAGUUUACAGCUUUCGACCCCAACUUGCAUGAUUUCCAGGGAGUAGAUACUUUUUUAAUCCUCAAUUAUAAAAUAAAAAUAAAAAUAAAAAAAAUACUAAUAUACUUUAAAAUUGCCUGUUAGUUAUUGGAUAUGCAGCUAAGCUGGGAAAUUCUCAGAUAUAUUCACGAAGCUUGAAUUUAUGAGAAAGAUAGAAAAAGAGAAAAUACCUGAAGAUGGCGCAGAAGACCAGGACUGCCCAAGAGCCUGGAGGGGCCCCACACCAACAUAACUGACUGCACAUCCUGCAAUUUAAUUUAGCAGUGUCGAAAAGCAGAGCUUCACUGUCCACGGACCCAACGCCUUACGCUAGGAGGGCUUGUGCCUCAGGGAUGAAAGGUAAUUAAGCCAGUAGAACAACCGCACAUUGUACCGUUGUAUUUUGGCCUCUAUUACCGGUGACAUGCUUUCAAAUUGUCUAAUCUCUUCCACUCUGGCUGCUCAACGGGAGGGGACUCUACUAUGCCAAAUUAAUGGUAUUGUUCCUUAAGCAGCGCAUAGUAAGUGUGUGACUAUGGAAUUCUUAUACACCUUAAUCGACCAGGUUGUGUGAUGCAGUAAUAACAAUGCAAGCAAAAAGUGGAGGGGGGCAGCUUAUCAGAAAGCUUGCCAAUUAUCCUAUGGACCUCUUUCAAAAAACUCUGGACCACUGGGCAUUCCCAACACAUGUGUAACAUAAUGAUAUUGUGUUGGGAACACCUUUAACAUUGGUCUUAUAUAUGUGGCAUCCUAGCAUGUAUUGACAGGAGUAUCUCAUAACAACAAAUUAACAACUUCUAGGAGAACUCCAGCAGUUGAUGCAAUGGGUUUAUCUAUCUGUUGCUUUGUUUUAAGUGUGAUUCCCAGCUCCUCCUCCCACUUGCGGACACCUGGAUACCAGGGAAUGCCUAUUCACUCUAAGCAUUUAAUAAAUGAGAGCAAUAUAUUUCGUUGGUGAGGCUUUGGUCUCUAACAGCACCUCAAAAGGGGUAAGCAAGCGAACCAAGCAGUGCUGAGUGGGACACUGGCCAAGAUAUGUUAAAGCUGCUUGUCAAUGAGCGUGUGUAAAAAGGUUGCUGGUCUAUGGCAACAGCUAAAACAUGCCUGGCCCUAUGGUGGGAUUUAUCUAGAAGAAAGCAUGUAAUAACGCCCUUGGCUCCAACAUGGGAAUCUGAAUUUCCCCACAACAGAAACAGUGCAUGAGUAUAGGCAGUUUUUCUAAUAUUAGAAGAAGCAAGCACAGAUGAAAGGUAGAAGGCCAAGUGAUGUCAGUAUGGAAGCAUUGGCAAACUGUUGGCUCCUUAUAAGCUAAACAACCUACCAUCCAUGCCAGAUGGAUACCAAAUACACUUAAUAAAUGCAUUAAUAAACUCUCAACAGAGCAACUAAUAGAAAAUAUAUGCCUUAUUUACAGAUACCACUUUCUACAGGAAAGUUAUUUUUAAUAUACAUAUUCUGUCUCAUGCUAAACAGCAGAAUCUCUAACAUUUUGUUAGAGAAAAUGCCAAAUCGUAGCAGUGUCUACAGUGUAGCUAGGACAAAGGGAUUAACCCUAGUUACGCUCACACCCUGCACCAUAUAAGCCAAGUACGAGGGAUGAAUUGUCCAGAGACACCCACAGCUUGGAGGUUUACUUCACACUCCUGGCCACAACAUUAGAGAAGUGCAAAGUCAUGUAGUUCUUCUCCAUGUUGGGUAGAGCCACCUCUCCUUAUGCUUUUGCAGGGUUAAUUAAGUGUAUGGGAUUCUUGGGGACUUAUACCCCCCCUUAAAUUGUUGAUUCACCAGUCGAGCCGCUUUGAAAAAUGGUGGGGAAAUUGAAAUAGGGAUUGUUUAAAAGAAAUAGAGAAGACGAGGGAAUAUCCUCAUCUAUUUGAAAUUGGAGUGACCCAUGCAAGAUAGUGGUUUCAAGUACCUGUUGCAAUUUAUCCAAACUGGGGAAAAAUUAAGCUGAGAAGUUGUGAUAAAUUGGAAGUGAGCCAUAUGCCCAAUUAUUUAAUUUUUAAGUGGCACCCUGGAAUUUUGACUGUGAUAUUGAAAAUGUCUGCUUUUAUUAAAUUGAUCUUCAGGUUGAUAGAGUGCCAAAUUCCUGUAACUCCUUCAUCAGAGUGGACAAGGAUAGGGCGGGGAGAGGACAAUGUAAAGAGGAGGUAAUCUGCGUAGACUAUAACUUUAUAACAGCCCACCUGAACACUACGCGUCGAGUCCCUCAAGUGAAUCCUACAUAGAAAAGGUUUCAAGGUCAGAGCAGACUAAAAUGGUGGCAAUAAUGGACAACCCUGUCUGGGUUAUUCUUAAUGUUGAAUGGGUCCAUGAGAGCCCCAUUGAUCCAGACGUGUGCUGAGGGGAGGAGUACAAUGCCACAAUCCACGACCGGAAGUAGGGACUAAAGCCAUACGACUACAAUGGGGUAUGCGUAAAGCCCCAGUCUUCCCUGGCAAAUACCCCCUUGGCAUCUAUAGGUGGGAACAGAAUUGAGAAGUCUGAAGUCUUGGCUAUAUGGAUGAGGUUAAGGGCCAUAAAUAUAUUAAUCUUUGUUAAUGUGAGGUGCAAUGAGGAAGCUUGGCCCUACCGAAAUGCAUUAAAUGUGUUUAGAUAAAGUAGCCCCUGGGAGAAAUGUUUUGAAAUAUUGUAAGGGGAAUACAUUGAAACUCAGGGUUUGCAAUGUCUUAGAGUUCUUCAGGGCCAGACACAAUUCUUCCAUUGUGAGGAGGCCAUCCAUCAGUUAAGAGUGCAAUGGCUGCCGACCAAAGAUGAUGAUGUAAAAUGUCAAGUGGGGAAACUUAUGCAAAGAUCAUAAAAGCUUUGAUAUGAGUUCCAGAUAGCACCCCCAAUCUCCCGAACAGAUGAAACAUUCAACCUCUUCCAUACAUAGCUUUCGGUUUGUACAAACCGGAACACAGUUGUUGAAGUAGAUGAGCAAGCUGUCUUGCGUAUUUGUUUCCUUGGUCAUAAAGAUUGUGACAGAAAUUAAGUGUUUUAAAUGUUACAUUCAACACCAUGGCAAUUUGUCCUCUUAAGAUCCAUCAAUGCUCCUUUGUCUAUAUGGUUCUGGCCACAGCUAGAAAAUCAAUUUUGUAUAAGUGGAUUGAAAUUGUGGUUCCAACUCUGCCUCGUGAAAAUCAAAUGUUUCCACACUUUUUCCUAUAGAUUGGAUAGAGUCAGUAUCAUGCAAAUAUGAAAAAACUGAAAUAAAUGUUCCAAAUUUGGUAAACCUGUAUUAGUUAUUAGGAUGAGGGCAUGCAUAGAACCUUGAAGGGAUACUGUAGUCACCAGAACAACUAGAGCUUAUUAUAUUUGUUCUAGUGAGUAGAAUCAUUCCCUUCAGGCUUUUUGCAGUGUGUUUACAUUACAGCCUAAGGAAACAUCUACUGGCCACUCCUCAGAUGGCUGCCAGAGGUGCUUCCUGGGGCAUGGAGGCUCUGAACUUUUCUCAUAGGGAUGCAUUGAUUCAAUGCAUUUCUGUGAAGAGAUCCUGAUUGGCUGGGGCUGUGUUUGGCUUGUGCCGGCUCUACCCUCUGCCCCUGAUCUACCUCCUAGGCAGUUUCAGCCAAUCAAAUGCUUUUUUAUUUGAACAAAUUGUGAUUAACUCAGAAUACCACUUCGGGGUAUGUCAGCCAAGUUGGCAGAUCAGAGUGAAAAGCCAGCAGCAGCAAACUGAAAUAAAGGUAUUUUGUCAUAUUAAGAGGGGCAAGUGGUGAGCCAGGGGAGCUAGAUGGUAGUUUUAACCCUAUAGGGUCAGUAAUACAUGUUUGUGUUCCUGACCCUAUAGUGUUCCUUUUAUACACAGAAAAAUAGGGGACAAUCUGCUAAAUACAAAUGAAAAGUAUUUUAAUAACUUACAUUCAAGUAUAAAACAGCUUGUUUUAUACUUGAAUGUAAGUUAUUAAAAUACUUAUUAUUAUAUUCUGGAAGUGCACUACAUUUUUGUACAUUUUCUCUCUUUGCGACAUAUAUACCCAUUUGCUGAUGACUAUGUGAGGAGGGACAACACACUGGAUAUUGAAAAAUACCAUUUAAAGCUGCUUUAACUUCAUAAAGACAUCAUUCAAGGCUAUUUUAACUCCUCAAAAUUGUGAGUGACCAUUUGUGAUUGCACAUCAGUACCAGUCUCCACACAGUUAUACGCUAUGUUUCUUUAUUUCAUUUGUAUUUAGCAGAUUGUCCCCUAUUUUUCUGUGUAUAUCUAUUGAAGACAAGAGGAAGUCUUCGGGGAUCCAUCUGGAUACUUCACCUUAAGAUAAGGGAAGUCGGGGGCGGAGCCAAGCAGCCAAGCACACCGGACGCACAUUACAUGGGCUCCGUGUGAAACCGAGAAAUUUCUAAAGAAACACACCCACAGAGACCUAAAAACAGUGGCAGGCUUACCUAUGGGGCGCAAAAGUAAGAAGCUUAAGCCGGAUAAGCCCAAAACGAACAUGCACAUUGGGGAACUCCUGCGACGAGCGCAUGGCGCGAGUGGACCCAAGAUGGCCGCCGACUAUCCAGACUUCAUGGAUUCAUCAGGUGAAUCGCUUCUGGACGGGGAGUCACCCUCCAUUCCACAUUCCUACCAUACCCAGGCUCUUCCACAGAGUGCUGACGCCCAGCCUGUGACAACGGCCACCCUAAAGGAACUACUAGCAGGCCUCCAGAAAACACUGCAGGCCGACAUGGCCUCUCUGCGCUCUGAACUCCUGGGCCUGGUGGGACGCAUUGAGACCGUGGAAACAACGGCCACGCAACACUCCACACAGAUCACCUCACUGGGGGAGGAAAUACGGCGCCUUCAAAAGCAGCAGACAACCUUCGAACAGAGGUUUGCCCUCAUGGAAGAUGCACGACGCCGAAACAACAUCAAGGUACGAGGGGUCCCAGACGAAAUCCCGGCAGGGGAACUACCGCACAUGAUGCGGAGACUGCUCUGCGCCCUUCUGACCCCCAAACAGGGCAAAAAUGUCCACAUAGAUGGGACUUUUAGAAUUCCAAAGCCACACCAAACACCCGCAACCACCACUGGAGACAUAGUGGUACGACUAACCUGCAACAGAGAUAAAGCAGCAAUAAUGGCGGCACUAAAAGGACUAUCGCCCUAUAGUUUCGAAAAUAUGUCGCUGACAUUUUACAAUGACCUUUCAGGGGACACACUCAAAUGGAGACACUCCCUGCGACCCUUCACAACAGCACUCAGAAUCGGAGACAUUCCGUAUAGAUGGCGUACCCCUCGGAAACUGCAAAUCACACAGGGAAACAUCAUUCACGAGAUCCGAGAUAUGGAUGAAGCAACUGCCAUGCUGGCAACACUGGGUCUCUCGAAGGACUCACUUACCGGGCCUAGCACAAGAGGGGCCACCAAGCCGUCGCAUGUCUGGGACCCAGCAAGAAUCACCCCCUUUAUCCCGGCGGAUGGACGUGCCACAGAAGCAACCUGAGCAGAUCGUUUAUAUUUAUAUUUUUAUUAGUUAAACCUGUUCAUGCAUAUAUGUUUAAGUUUACGAUAUCUGUAUAACCAACACAACCUAAUAGCCACUGACAGGGGCCAAUAUGGCCCGACAACAGAGAACCCAUAAUCUUUCCCCCCCCACCCCCUGCCUCUGCACCCCAAGACAAUCCCAAACCCACUCAAGCUACACCCAGAGGCGUAAAAUCUUUACGACCCAACUAACCACCCAGAUAUUGAUGACGCACCAACCCAAAACAAGCGCUCCGGAAUUUGCGCAGUCUCCAACCCAUACACUAUGCUGUCCCCUAACAUUGACCUCCUACAUGACUUACGGAGCGUAGUGAUGCCCACACAGAGGCCACAAUCCAGCCGGCAUAGGAGACACAGGACCAAUCACUUCCAUAGCCCUGACAGUCCACACCACCUAGAGUACGCUAGGGCCUAAGCCAUCAUAUUAUGCAUAACCCUGUAGAACCUUUUUGAUAACUAAAGUUAUUUACGUCACUUAUGCUACUACGCAGUAAAAUAUAAGCCCCAAGUUCCUCAGCCGAGCACAAGCUCUCUGUCCAACAUAUACGUUGUAACCUCAGCUGCGGAUAUACACUACACAGCUAUGUUUCUACUUUAAUGUUAUAUUCGUUUUAAAAAAACUAAAAUGUGCAACUCAAAAAUAAAGAAUUUAAAAAAAAAAAAAAAAAAGAUAAGGGAAGUCUUGGUUUGCUCUUAUAUUGUAUUAUUUCCACUGGGGUUGUGUUCACAUAUAUUGUUGUUUUUUUUGUAUAGUGUUCCUUUUAUGUUUGAACAUAAAAAUUGGUAUCUAUAUUGUUUUGAAGGGACGGCCUAACACCUAAAUACACAACCUGUAUUUUUCCCCCAUAAGAGCCAAUUUGGGGAGGAGAGGUGGGAUGAUGGUCUUUUUUGGUUUUGGGUUUUAUUUUGUUAUAACAGAAGUUACAUUUAUCUGUUAAGAUUUCCAAAAACAUGCCAACACCUUGUGUGUACUUCCUGUCUUAAAAAAAAUGGUUUAAAAUUAAACUUGAAUUUCACUUUAAAUAUCCAAAAAUUCUCACUUUUUGAUAAAUAUACCUAUAGGAACUUUCAAAGCACCAUGAUCACUACAGUGUGCUGUAGUGGUUAACAUGCCAGGAGUUCCCUGGCACUCUUCAAGGGUAAAUUGUUUACAAACUGGGUGCCAGUCACCUCUUCCCAGGAGAGUCAGAAUGUUGUGCAUUGGUUAGAAACUACACAAGGAAAAAAACUUGAAUUCUAAAAUGACAGUCAUCUGUCUAAUGUAUUUAUUUUUAGACAAAAUUGUUCUAAAACAGAUUAAAUAUUUUAUUAGACUGAUAGGUCAUCUGGAUCAUAGAACUCUUUUUGUGUAGAUCUCUCGUUGGUUCUUCACCUGCCAGAGUAAUCCGAAACUCAUAUGCUGGUUGUAUUCUUAGAGAUGGCUUUUUCUGUCGACGCUUAGUUCACACUGAAUAUUGAACCACAUGAUAAAUAAUUUAUUUACAAGCACUUGGGCAGACAUAAUAAUUGGCAUCCAUUCAGUUUUGCAUCUUUAAUAUCAAUGUGAUGCACAGCCUAAGUGUAUUUUACAGUGUUUAAUGUUUUUUUUUUUUUUUUUCUUUCUCACUAAGAGAUACAAUUAAGCAUUUACAAUAACUACUAUUACUUUUGCUAUAGUUGGUUCCCAUGAUGCACUCUAUAACAGUGUUUGUUUUGGUUAAGCAUCACAGGAGCUAUAGGAAAUUUAUUUAUAAAAGGCCAAGUAUAGCCCUGAGAUUAAAGCGGCACUGGCAAUUCGCAAAGACCCCUGACUGUGACAACGCCACUAUGGGAUCUGGUAGCUAAACAGGACAUGUAAAGGGGAGUUUCCUUACCUAAACCUGUCCCUUGCUAGUGCUGCCAUAUUUGUCCAGUGUGGACCUCCUCACUCGCGCAUGUCCUCCUCCUUGCGCAUGUGAGAGAGUACAGAAUUGAGUUCUAUGGGGGAAUCCCCCAUAGACACAGCCAAUUCCCUGCAGUCGCCACUUGUGUCAAGUAAAGUCACACGGAGGAGAAAUACAGAGACAAAGUAGUCUCUACUUUGUCUCUGUAUAUCUCUUGACUGGGUUGGAGACUUUUGUGCUGCUCACUCUAAACUUAACAUGAUCAAAACAGAAUUUCUUGUCUUUCUUCCUUCAAGCGUUGCUACUCCCAUGCCUGUCUCCCUCCAAGUCAAUGGCACAACCAUCCGCUCUACCUUGAACACUUACUGCCUAGGUGUUCUCUUUGACUCCAACCUCUCCUUCACCCUUCAUGCCCAGUCCAUAGUCAAAUCUUGCUGCUUCCAUAUCAAAAACAUAGCACGUAUGUGGCCCUUUUUAAUGCUGGAUAAGAUACGGCUAAGGUUCUGGUCUACCUUGACUACUGAAAUCCACUUCUCAGUGGUCUUACGCGUUCCCCAACUUGGCCUGUUGUAGUCUAUAAUGAAUGCUGCAGCAAGGCUCAUCUUCCUGUCCCACCCGCACCUCCCACGUCUGUCACUCCAUUGCCCAAAUACAAAAUAAAUUGACUGUUUAGUAGAUAUACCCCAAUGAAAACUUGCAUACAUUUAAUUAUGCCUUUUCAUUCUAGUUCUAUCUAAAAACAGCUUGCAAAGGCUGCAUAUCUAUUGUCUGCUGGCUUUGCCAUCCCUCCCCUUCUAACUCUUCCCUGACUUCCCCAGCUGUCUAAUCACAGGCUUUCCAAUUCAGCUCAAUGAGAAAUCUUUGCAAGCCAGGUGCUCUAGGCAAUGGCUGCACUGUGCUAACAAAACCAGGAAGUAGCAGGACCCGUUGUCACCUUGAAAGCCAAAGGGGGUGUUACCAGGUCAAUUUCUAUUGAAAUCUGCCCUAAAAAAAAAAAAAAAAAAAAAGAGGGCACACUCUUCACACAUAUUUUCAUCAAGUAAAAAUUGCUUUAGAGGUCUGGAGAGGCUCUUUAAGUGUUUUAGUUGUAUUUAGGAUGUCCUGCUUUAUGUCUAGUUCAUGAUGUGGCACUUUAAUAGAAUAGGUUGACAGUCAAGAGGGCUUCCUCUCUCAGUAUGAGAGAACUAUAGUUCAGGGUUAGGGAUUGUUAGGUUUAUAAAUAGCAUCAUAUGUGGUGACACUGAUCAGUACGGUAAGAUGGAUAGUGUCACUUUUACAAAUCACAUUUCUGGGAAGCAGAUAAGAGUAUGUGCCUAAUAAGAUCCAAGUUCUUAAAAUAAUUGUAAAAGGUGUGUAUAUAUGUGGGUUAUUGUUGUACUUGGGAGAAGAAUACUAUGCUAAGGUAUUUGCAGUUGUAAGACAUAUAUACUGUUAAAGUCUGCUAUGUUUGUGAAAAAAAUAAAAUUGCCUAAUUUUGCCAAGUGGAAAGACUACCCAUAUUCCAUAUUAAAUCCAUCCUAACAUUAUGGAGUGCUAUGCUGUGCUACAAAAGAGUUUUUAUGACAUUAAGGUGGCAUAGGACCCCUGAAGCAGGCCCUCCCUUUGACUCACAUUCCUACCUUAAAGGACCCCUCCACACUUGAAAUAAAAAAGUUUAAAAAAACUCCACAGUUUAGUAGAUAUACCCCCAAUAAAAACAUGCAUGCAUAUUUUUAUGUAUGUAGUCAUUGGGGGUAUAGUCUAAAACAGCUUGCAAAAGCUGCAGUUCUUAUGACUGCAGCCUUUGUAAGCCUUCCCCUUUUUCACAGGAAGUGACUUUCAGUCACUUCACAGAGAAUUGUCCAAUCAGAGGCUUCUCACAUAGAAGCCUCUGUUUCUAUUCUAUUUCUUCUCACCCCAGUCCACAAUGUGUCUCAUCCCUCCUCUCCAUGCAUGUCUUCUCCCCUCCUUGUGUCAAAGUCCUCCCUUUUUCCAUGUGUCAGUGUAUAUAUUAACAAUAAAAUACCAAAUUAAAUUCUAUAUAUUCUAUAUGUGUAUUUUGAUAUUGAUAUAUAUUUCAGAAUAGCCCAGCUGAAAUACCAGCAAUUUUUAAUUUGCAAGCCCAAUAUUUGACCCUAUAACUUUCCAAACCCCCAUAAAACUGUACAUGUACUGUUGUAUUUGUGAGACAUUUUUAAAUACAAAUAUGAGUGUUUUAGAGCAGUGAAACGUAUGAUGAUGAUUUCAUCAGUAAUAAUCGUUUUUUUGUGUGAAAAAUGCAAAAAAUAAAAACAAAUAUAAACAUAUAUCUACUUUUGCAAAUGGUAUAGCAUAAUGGGAGUGAUUUUCAUUCCUAGGCUGCAUUACGAUCUCAAAGUUAGCAUAGGCCCAGCAAAUCAAUCUGGCAGAUUUUAAUGUAUAAAAAUUGAAAUGGACAAUCCCAAUAUUGACAGUGUAACUUUCCAAAACACCAUGAAACGUGUACAUGGAGUUCAUCGUUGUACUCGUGGGACAUCACAAAUGUGUGUAUUUUAUUGCAAUAAAAGCUUACCGUAUUGUGAAAUUCACAGUCAGAACUUGGAAAAUAACGCAAUUUCUUAAUUUCUUACACUUUUAUAAAUUUUUAUUAAUAUUAAUUUGUUUCCUACAUACAUUUGAUAUGAAAUGAAAGCCCUGUUUUCCUGAACAAAAUUAUAUAUAAGUGUGGGUGCACUUACUAUACAAAUUAUGGUUGAACAGACAUAUAGCUCAAAUUCUACGUUUUGUUUUGGUUCAGAACUUGGAGAAUUGCCUCUGUCCUUAAGGGGUUAAAUAGCCCGGGUUGUCUUGGCAUGCCACAAUGGAGUUUAAGUGCAGCAGAUGGUUACUAUUUUGUUCUAAAAGUGACAUGAACACAGUAAAUGAAUCUGAGUAAACUUGAAAUUUGAAAACUGAAAUUAGCAUGUGUGUAAUUUAACUCUGUAACGUAUCAAAAAACUUGCAAUUUUGGGGUAGUAGCAGAAUACUAAUCUGGAAUCUUUCCAGUAGUUGGUCAAAAAAAUCUAUUCAAUUACAUUUGAACAAAUGCUUGGCAGAAGUUACAAAAAGGCCACAGCCACCAAAUUUCAGGGGAAAAAAAAGUCAAUCCAGAAGGUGUUGGCACCAUAACAACUACAGCGCUCUGUAGUGGUUAUGGUACUAGAAGUGCACAGGCAAUCCUCCAAUGUAAGUAGUCAAACUGUUGCUAAUGUCUGCAACUGUCUACAAGGCUCCUUUCUCCUACCAGUACAGAUACUCCUCACUUACCGACCAGGUUCCGUUCUUACGACCCGGUUGUAAAACGAAUUGGUCGGUAAGUGAGGUCUAUGUUCGGGAAAAUUUACCCAAACAUAGAUUAGAGGGAUUCCCUGCUCUGGUGCCCUUGAAUCCCCAUACUAGAGAGCUGAUCUGUAAGUGAGAGCCGGCGUAAAACCUGUAGGUCGUAAAGUGAGGACCACCUGUAUUGAAAGUCGGAGACUCCAAAGUCCGCCAGCUGAUUGCUUUUAGCCAGUGAGCUAGACCCUGCACCGCCAGGAUUAGCUCUGUGAAGAAAGCCAGUGCCUCCAGGGAGGUGAGGAGUAGCACAAAACAGACCACAAGUAAGAAGUCAAUCCAUUUUAGACUUAUUAGCUAAUCUGGGCACUUGUGAGACCAUAGCCACUACAAUGCACUGUAAUAGGUGUAGUGCUUUGAGAGUUCCUAUAAGCUUAUUGAGGUGCCUGAACUUCCUUCUUUUGUUACACUGCACUAAAUUGGGCAUUUAGGAUUAUGAUCCAGGCUUGGUUUCAGGAAAUACACGCAUGCCACCAUACACAGUUUUAUGACACUUUACAGGUAAAUUUUUUUUUUUAUAAUUUGAAAAAAUAAAAAUACUGUUUUAACUAUGUCCAGGAAUAAGGCUUUACAGAAGGAAUACUUGUUUCUUAAACCUUGAAGGAUUCCAUUCACAAGCUGCACACCCGACAGUCUGUACAUGAGAGCUUGGUUAAGGUUCUGUCUUUUCAUAAAACCUACUAACUGGCAUGCAUUGAUCUAAGAAGCUUGAAGCAUGGAGACGCCUAUGUAGUCAUUAUAAUUGCAAAUAUUGCUACAAGUACAUGCCAAUUUAUCCCCAGUCUACUUCUGCUAGUUUAACAAAGGAUUAAAAAAACAACAACAAGUUUUUAUGUUUUUCUAGUUUUUCUGCUAUUAUGUUCACCAUAUCUUUAAUAUCGUGUAUCCGAAACACUUUUUUAAUUUUACUUAUCACUUACUAUUAAAGGGACACUAUAGUCGCCAGAACAACUACAGCUUCUUGUAUUUGUUCUGUUGAGUAGAAUCAUUCCAUUAAGGCCUCUUGCAGUAAAUAUAAUCUUUUCAGAGAUUCAGAUUUUACAUUACAGCCUAGUCAUUCACUCCACUGACCACUCCUUAGAUUGCUGCUAAAGCCGCUUCUUUGGGCAGUGCUGCAGAGUAAGCAGCACUGUCAUUUAGUGUCUCAUCCCUCUGCAUGCAGACACUAAACUUUCUUCACAUCUCUAUGAGGAGAUGCUGAUUGUCCAGGGCUGUGUUUGGCUUGUGCUGUGUCUGCCCCUGAUCUGCCUCAUUGACCGUCAAAUCCUAUGGGAAAGCAUUGUGAUUGGCAUUUGAUCAACACAUUUGAUGAUGUCAGCCAAGCUGGCAGAUCAGAGGCAGCAGCAGCAGCAGACUGGAGUAAAGGUAAGAUUUUGCUAUAUCUAGGGGGCCAUGGAGGCUAGAAUGUGUUUUUUAAUUCUAUAGGGCCAGGUGUGUGUGUGUGCGCCUGUGAGAGAGAGAAUGUGUUUGUGUUUUUCUGACCCCGUAGUGUUCUAUUAAGUCAUUGGUAUUGUAUUUGUUUUGUUAGUACAGUGGUUGUGUCCAUGGCAUAUGUGAGAAAUAUUGCAUAAAAGUGAAUAGAACUGUUUCUUUUCAUUCAGGACUCAGAAUGUUUAAAGAAUUAAAAAAAAAAAAUUAAUAAAUGGUUUUGUCUUAAGCAUUCUAUUUAUUUAUUUUGUGUUCUUUUUUUGUAGAUUCCCCAUACUGUGAAAAAUGCAAAACAACGAAGUGCUAAAACCUGCCAAGUACUUCUCUGAGUUGGAGAAGAACGUCUUGCUGGCUUUGGUGGAGAAAUACAAGUAUGUUUUGGAGUGCAAGAAGAGUGAUGCCCGGACUAUAGCUCUAAAACAGCGCACGUGGCAAGCACUGGCCCAUGAGUACAACUCCCAGCCCAGUGUGUCGUUGCGGGAUUUCAAACAACUUAAAAAGUGCUGGGAGAAUAUUAAAGCCAGGACCAAAAAGAUCAUGGCCCAUGAGAGGAGAGAAAAGGUGAAACGCUGUGGACCAGCAUCUGAUAGCCACCAGGCCUUGAAAGACAAGGUGGCAAGCAUGAUUCCAGAGCAACUCUAUUUUGUACCGAAUCCACAGGAUGAUGAAUCUGGAUACAACCAUGACACUUCCAACCAUGGUAAUGAAAUCUCCAAAGAAAUCGUAUGUCUGAACACAUAGUGUAAGGAAAAACUUCAGCAUAGGGUUAGUGUCUAUGGAUAAUGGAGUUAGAGGUAAAAUAAGUUCUGUCUUAUCACAGUGUAGUUAUUUGGUGUGAAAACGUAUGAUGACAACUAAAGCUCAAAAUACAGUAUUUGUUGGAAAUAUCCAGGAUAAUUCACUGAACACCAUCCAUAAAAAAAUGGCCAUAUUCCAGGUGGAAUGGCAAUUCUCAAAUUUACUAAAGCUAGUUCUGGUUAGAAUUCAGCCAACUCUACCGAAUUAAAAUCUCUGCUGCACAGUGUGCAGCACUGUCAUUCGGUGUCUUCACCCUCUGCAUGCAGACUCUGAACUUUCCUCCUAGAGAUGCAUUGAUUAAAUUCAUCUCAAUGAGGAGAUGCUGAUUGACCAGGUCUGUGUUUGAAUCAUGCUGACUCUGCCCCUGAUCUGCCUCCUUGUCAUUCUCAAUCCUAUGGGGAAGCAUUGUGAUUGGAUCAGGCUACCACUUCUGAUGUCAGCAGACUGCUUUUUUUUUUUUUUUUUAGGCAAACAUGCAGAUCUACAGCUUCUGGCUUGAAUACAGUAGGAUUUUGCUAUAUUUAUGGAGGCAUGAGGGGCCCAGGGGGGCUAGAGGGUGGUUUUAACACUAUAGGGUCAGGACUACAUGUUUGUGUUCCUGACCCUAUAGUGAUCCUUUAAACCAUUUCCACGAACAAGAUGUUUCCCUGUUGUGCUUUCUCUUAAAAGUCAGAUAACAUGUUUCUUGUUAUUUGUUUCUCUUUGGUAUCCAGACCCUGGCAAUUUUAUCAACCUCCUGUACCUCUGUAACCUUGACUUUGGCUCAGCUAUUGACUUGUGUACUUCUGUUCUCCUUGACCUAGCCUAGUUGUUAAUAGUUAUAACAAUAAUAUUACUGAUUUAUCUCAUCUUACUCCUGGCUUCUCGCCUAUCUCUAUUGCAUUAAGCCUGACCAACUGUAUGGACUGGUAAUACUCUGCCCUCUCUCCACUUUAAUACUUCUGACCUAAGCUCUGCGUGCAAGGGCAUACACCUAUCCUGACAGAGGUAAGUAGUCCAAUAAUAACCAAGAAAAUAUACAUAAGUAUUACAUUUUGUAAUCCUUGUGUGUGUAUAUAUACUUACACACUUAUAACAGUGAUGUGUCUGCCAUUGUACACCCAACAAUGUGAUACGAUUCCUUCUAAACGAUCAGAUUCAUAUAAAGAUAGCUGAAAGUUUUAACGUGGGUUUGAUACUGCAGAGAUAUCCAAUUAGGUAUGGAAAUAUUUGGACACUGAUGCCAGUUUUAUUUCAGCUGUUUACCAAAACAAGUUCAAGUUAUAUUUAAAUAAUGAAUAUAUAGUGUAGUCUCUCAGCUUUAAUUUGAGGCUAUUCACAUCCAAAUUGUCGGAAACGUUGAGGAAUUGCAGCUCCCUCUUUUUCAUGGGACCAAAAGUUAUUGGACAGUUGACUCAAAAGCUGUUUCAUGGACAGGUUUUGGCUAUUCCUUUGUUAUUUGUUCACCAAUAAAUUAGGUAAAAGAUCUGGAGUUGAUUCCAGUUGUAGCAUUAGCAUUUGAAAGCUAUUGCUGUGAACACUCAACAUGCGGUCAAAGGAGCUCUCAAUGCAAGUGCAACAAACCAUCCUUAGGCUGCAAAAUAAAAUAAAAAAUCCAUCAAAGAGAUAGCAGGAACAUUAGUAGUGGCCAAAUCAACAGUUUAGUGCAUUCUGAGAAAAAAUGAACGCACUAGUGAGCUCUUCAAAACAAAAAGGCCUGGAUGUCCACGGAACAAACAGUGGUGGGUGAUCAAAGGAUCCUUUCCAGGCUAAAGAAAAAACCCUUUACAACAUAUAACAAAGUGAAAAACACUUUCCAAGAGGUACUCUACCAUAAAGAGAAGACUUCACAAGAGCAAAUACAGAGGGUUCACCACGAAGUGCAAAUCAUUCAUAAACCUCAUGAGUAGAAAUAAAAGCUUAGACUUUGCCAAAUAAAAACAUCUAAAAACAAAAGCCAGCCCAGUUCAAUUAUUUGGACAGAUGAAACCAAGAUCAACCUGAAUUAGAAUGAUGGGAAGAAAAAAGUAUGGAGAAGGCUUGGAAUGGCUCAUAAUCUGAAGCAUAUCACAUCAUCUGCAAAGCAAUGUGGAGGCAGUUUGAUGGCAUGGGCAUGCAUGGCUUCCAAUGGUACUGGGUCACUAGUGUUUAUUAAUGAUGUGACAAAAUACAGAAGCAACCGGGUUAAUUCUGAAGUGUAUAGAGAUAUAUAUUGCUCAGAUUCAGUCAAAUUCAGCACAUAUGUUUGGAUGGCGCUUUACUUUACAGAUGGACAAUUAAUCAAAACAUAAUGUGAAAGCAACCCAGGAGUUUUUUUUAAGGCAAAAAAGUGGAAUAUUCUGCAAUGGCUGAGUCAAUCACAUGAUCUAAACCUGAUCGAGCAUGCAUUUUACUUUCUGAAGAAAGACUCAUGAACAAAUAACUGAAGACCGCUGCAGCAAAGGCCUGACACUGCCACUGUGACACAGCCUGGUGGAAAUUGACAUUUCCAUUAAUUUUUUCUGACCUCGUAGAUCUGUGCCAUUAUGGCAUUGGUUUGUUUUAAAAAAAAAACAUGAAUGCAAUGUAUCCUGGAGCUCUCAGCGUGCACUCUACAUGCUAAAAAUUGUUAGAUGUUGUUCAAAUCAAUUGGGAACAGGGCAGCUCCCUGAGUGCUGCUGUCCUGUCCAUUCCCAGAGGUCAUAUUGCAGGAGGAGGCAUGAAAUCUGCAGUUACAGUCUAUAUUGUAAAUGUAACAUCAUCUAAUUAAAGAGAUAACUGAUGCAUGUAUUUGUUUUAAUUUUAAAACUUGCUUUUGGUUGUAUUAUUUCAACAACAAAAAAAAAUAAGUUCAGAAGAGACAACCUGGCAAUGUUCUCUAGCUCUUGGUCUAAAAUUGUAGUUCCCUUGUCCGUUUGAGACAAUUCAGUGUUUAGUGAAUAACUCUCAUAUGUUUUUCAGUCAUUAGUGUUUUUUUUUUGUUUGUUUGUUUGUUUAAAUAUUUUUGAAAUGGUCUACUAGGUUUGUGUUUGUGACUAGCUAACCAGAAAAAUUACCAAUUUGACAGGGUGAGGUAAAAACAACUGUACAUAGCUAUCAAAGGUAUGACUCAUAAUGGGAAGCCAGCAGUAGUCUAUGAACAUCAGCAAAUAUACUUAGCUUAUCAUUUGGAAAAUUUUAAGCUACAGCUUACACUUUAGCUGUAACUGGUCAAAAAUUGCUGCUAACCAGAUUUAAGACCCUUGAGAUAAAGUAGGCUAGAAGGAAGAAAAAAAAGCCUCAUACGUGGCUGAGAUGAAGAUUUUAUUGCAUUUUCUUACAACUCUAUUUUGGCCUGAAUUCUGUAAAUAAAUCCCUUUGUACCUCUAACUGAAGAAUACUUUGUGUCACAUUUGUGGGGGGGUUUUCAUUGUUUUGAUAAUAUCCCUUCCAAGGUGACCUGUCCAGUUGCGUCGUAUAGACCAGGAAGGACUAGUAAGAGAACAAAUACAUGUUAUAUGCAGUGCCAUCUAUUGGUUGAAGACUACUUUGCACCUGUAAUAUUUGCAUUUCAUGAUCGUUUGUGACUGAACGCUUUAGGUUUUUAUUGUUUGUGUUUUCUUAUAUCCUUUUAAUGGCAUUACCCGCAAAAGAAGUAUACCUGGAAGUCGUACGCUCUCUGUGCCAGGCUUCUGCCCACCUCCUUAUUAUAUAUACAUUGUACAGUGCAUUAUAAUUCUUUUAUCUGUAGUAACCCUCCUUAUAUAUUUCUCCCCCCCCCUUGCUACAUCCAAAUUAAAUGCAGUUACCUGUUGCUCUGCAAUACCACAUAUGAAGCCUCAAUCUUCCUACUGAAUGCUAUGACUGAUGUAACCUCUUGUAUUGCCUUCCAUCAUAGCCGGAUUAGCCAUGAGACGACCAAGGCAGUGGCCUGGAGCUCUGGCUCUGGGUGGGCCAUUCUCGAACCAGCAUGGAGAUCUAAGGAUCUCCCUACACGGCCCUGCCCUUCCACAUUCAUGUGAGCAAGUUCCAUAGUGACCUCAAAGUCUGAAGUAGAAUGAUUUCCAGAAUGAAGCUACCUCUGGCUGCCUUUGUCCAACUGCGGCUCUUUUGAAUGAAGGGCGACAUGGGCAACCUUAAGAACAUCUUCCUCAAGUCUCAGUAGCUUGUCUAAAGCUUUGGCAGCAAGAAACAUAGUUGCAUAAGAGAUGUCAUAGCGGUGUUACUUGGUGAGAAAUUGCAGCAUGAAGAACCUGUGUAAUUGCAGGGUUAUUCAAGUGUGAAUUGUUUAGAAUUCAAAGUGAUUUUUAAAUUUGAAAGGGUUACUCCAAGCUCCAUGACCACUUCAGUGAUUUUAAGUGGUCAUGGUAUGUGAAAUCUGUAUGUGCAGUGUUUUGCUGUGAAAUGCUGCUCAUACAUGUUUAACCCCUUGACGGCCGGAGCUGUAACUCCACCAUUUGGUGGCAUCAUUGGUUAUCAACCAGCCCAGAACUAUAUUUCCAGUAUUUCCAGGCUGACUAAUGUCAACUCUGUACAAUUUGUUGUUGCAGCAGCUUUAAGAUUGUCACAACAGUAGUAGGGAGACUCAGGUGUGACCCAUUACUGGGUAACUGGGCCAGGGUAUUCCUGGCAGCAGCAUAACAACUACAGCAGGCUGAGGUGGUUAUGCUGCUUGGAGUAACCCUUUAAAGCCAAAAUAGCUGAAUCCUAUCUGCUGACAAGAAAGCCCUUAUUGUGAGGAUUGUUUCAUAUCCACUAUCUACAAUUUAAAAAAAAAAUUUUUUUUUUGCGCUAAAUUAAACAAAAAUGUUCCGUGUUUUAUUUGUACACACAAACUAUAACACAGCCCAUUAAAUUACGCAUAAUUUUCUGUACAGUAGGGGUUCACAACAUUUUUGGAGAAGGGCCUAGAUGAAUUACAAAAACUCUGUGGCAGCUGUCAUAUGGUAUAGUUGUGCUUAAAUCUAAAAAAAGUGAUAAUUUUUUAUCUCCUUGAAUCCUCCUAAUUUUUUUACCACAUGUCGUUCCCCAUCCUCUUCACAAUUGCUCUAUUCCCUUGUGCUUCCAGUUACCACUCCCUGCCUUGUGUCUCUCCCCAUUACUUUGUUUUUCCUGUGCCCUGUUCAAAUUCCCCCAUCCAUGUGUCUCUCCAUGACCCCCCCCCCCAUUUUACAUUGACUGUCCUUCCCCAAGCAGCAUACUAGGAAGUUGUCUACUUUCAGUGCCAAGCUGCUGCUCACUUCCCCACCAUACAGAAAUGUGGCUCUGUGUGUGAUUUCAUAUCCAGUCCCCACCUCUUAUUCUUCACACACACUGCUGAGCCGUAAGGUUGAGGAAGAGAUGAAUAAGAUCUACGGGUUUGGAUUGAGCACUCCUAAUGAGUGGUUUUGGUGCAUUGACCUUUGCUCUAACCAUUGCCUUUUCUGAGAAACCACAUUGUUUACUUUUAUCUGAGAAUAUUCCUCUGUGUCUAAUGGCCACUAGAGGCACUUGCUCCUUAAGAGGUCUUCACAUUCGGCAUUAUCACACCUUGAGUUGAAUGUAGAGUUGAAGGAACACUAUAGGGUCAGGAGCACAAACCUGUAUUCUAGACCCUAUAGUGUAAAAAAACUGUAUUUAGCCCCCUGGCCCUCCCCUUGUCCCCUUUAAUUAUAGUUAAAACCUUAUUUCCAGUGCUGCACUGUGCUGGUCCCUCUCCUCCCCCAAUCUGAUCCGCCUCCUUGGCUGACAUCAUCAGAAUUGAUGAUCUUAGCCAAUCACAAUGCUUUCCCAUUGGAAUGCAUUGGAUUGGAUGAGAUCAUCCGUUCUAAAAACCUCCGAAUCUGUGCAUCUUAGUGGAGAAGUUCAGUGUCACUGAACAUACUGUGCAGCGCUGACCCAAGAGGCACCUCUAGUGGACUUCUCAUGAGUGGCCUCUGGAGGUGUUCCUAAGCAGCAGUGUUUACUGCAAAAAGCCUGCAGGGACAGGAUGUAGACACCAGAACAACUACUAUAAGCUGUAGUUUUACCUUUAACAAAAUGUGUGAGUGUUGGGUUAGGCAGUAGCUGACUUUGGGCAAUUUUCUGCAGAGUCUUAAAUACUGGGAGUCAUUCAGCCCAUGUGCACUCACAAACGGGUAUCCACUUGCAAGGACUUAAUUUCCCCAUUCCAGAUAGCAAGAAGAAAAUCUGAGCUUUGUUAUAUGUUGUUAUUGUUUAGUCGGUCAGUCGUGUCCGACUCCACUCCAUAUGGACCAUAGCACGCCACGUACAUCUGUCAGUCACUGCCCCUCUGAGCUCCAACAACUUCAUGUUCGUGGCUUCAGUGUCCUCAUCUAUCCAUCUCGGUCUCUGUUGUCCCCUUCUUCAUGUGCCUUCAAUCUUUCCCAGCAUCAGAGUCUUCUGUAGAGAAUCCCGCCUUUUCAUUAUAUUGCCAAAAUAUUUGAGCUUCAGACUCAUGAUUAUAGCUUCCAGUGAACAGUUUAUCUUGAUUUCCUGUAGUACGGAUUUAUUGGAUCUUCUUGCAAUCCAAGGGAUUCUAAGCAGUUUUCGUCAACACCACAGUUCAAAGGCAUCAAUUCUACAAAGCUCAGCCUUCUUUAUAGUCCAGCUCUCACAUCCAUAUGUUACUACUGGGAAUACCAUAGUUCUGACUAUGCGGACCUUUGUUGAUAAUGUAAUAUCUUUUUAGUUUUUACCAGCUAGCUUGCCAUAGCUUUCCUCCCCAGAAGCAAACGUCUUUUAAUUUCAUGACUACAGUCACCAUCUGAAGAGAUCUUGGAUCCCAGGAAAAUAAAAUAUGUCACUGCCUCCACCUCUUACCCAUCUAUUUGCCAGGAACUAAGAUUGCUGUUUGCCAUGAUCUUAGUCUUUUUAACGUUAAGCAGCAAUCCAGCUUUUGCACUCUCUUCUUUUACCCUCAUCAACAGGUCCUUUAGUUCUUCCUCACUUUCAGCCAUCAGAGUAGUAUCAUCACGUGUCUGAGGUUGUUGAUAUAUGCAUUGUCACAGUGCAUAACGUUUGAACCUGGUAAGUUUGUUAAGGGACAAUUGGUUGUUGAAGGUAUGCCUUUGAAAAGCCAAUUAUGAGGUCCCAACUGGAAGUAAGAAUCAGUAGGUAAGAGUGGAACUUAAGACUAAAGUUCCCUUUGAAUAACUGUGUGCCACCUAAAAACAUGGUGUCUGGGAUCCAAUCUCAUUUGACACAUGAAACCAUCUGUUAAUUUGGGAAAACUUUGCAGAGCUUUUAUAUGUAAGGAGGAAAUUCAACUUUUAGUAAAUAGUACUUUCCAUUUGCUGUACAGUUUUCUGAAGUACAAAAUUAAAGCGUUUAAGCAAUAUUGAAAAGGAAUUAAAUCUUAGUAAUAUUUUUUUUACCAGUUUGAUUUGUUGUGUGACCUAUGAAUUGUGUGCUUAAGGUAUUUUUAUUUUCUUAUACUGGGAGUCAGUAUAUUACUUUAUUCAGAUAACAUUAUACAAUAAGAUUACUGACUUGUAUUGAAUUGUGAUAAAGUACAUGUUGAUAUGUCAAUAAUACUGCCCUCUGUUUGACUACUAGAUAUUGACUGCAAGAGAGUUAAUCUUUUGGAUCUGGAACUACUUAUUGAUGAGCAAGGCAAGAUCCAGACAAAACCAUUUAGAAAAGUGUCCGAAACAAAUUCAUUGUGUGGUGAGGGCUCACCUCCUAGAUCAUUAGAGAAAGGUAAGUUACAGUAUGUCAUCUAGAGUUGUCACCAGCAUUGGCUUAAUUUCAGCAAAAACUAUAAAUUCUGUGAUAGUCUUAGGGGUCAGUCUAUAAGGUUAAAUUAAACAGAUUCUCCCCUGUUAGUUUGAGAGCUUUCCAUUCCGUUCCAAAGAACCUUGUUUUUACAGGUUACCAUGUAUGUGUCAAGGGAAACGUUCCAUUUAGAGCAAUAGGGGAGGGAUUGCUGCUAAUGGUGUAAUUCUAUUAUUCAUAGUAAACAGAGAAGGAAUUCUUUCCUUUUACUGUUUCUUUUUUUAUUUUAUUGUUAUUCAAUAACCUGGAAAUCAUGUGUUUUGAUAUGAUUAUAGAUAAUUUACUUAUAUGGCUUAAAGGACCACUCCACACCCAUAAAGCACUUGCUGAAAUGCUUUAUGAAUGAAGAAUAUCCUAUUUUUGCUCUGAGAUUAUGAAAUUACAGGGGUUUUUUUUAUGAGAAAUGUGCAAUCUUAGAAAUAAACUAUGAAGGUUUGCUGUCUACUACUUGAGCGCGUCUGCCUCCUCCCACACAGACUCCUCAUCUUCGGAUCUUCAGAUCUCAGAAUAGCUUCUUUACAGACCUCAUAUCAGACGCACGCGUGCACAAGCUGAUGUUCACGCAUCCGUGCCCACCAAUUCAGAGGCUUCUCAAUGAAAAGACUCUGGCUUUUUCCUCAAGAAGAGACUGUUAGUCUUUUCCAGGGAAAAGAGGGAAGGCUUGCAAAGGCUGCAGUUCAUAAGAGCUGCAGAUUUUGCAAGCUCUUUUAAAGGGACAUUAUAGGCACCCAGACCACUUAAGCUUAUUGAAGUGGUCUGGGAACAGUUUCCCUAUUGCACUUAGUGCUACAAUGUUAAACAUUGCAGUUCCAGAGAAAUUGCAGCACUAAGUCUGCCUCCAGUGGCUGUCUGUGAGGCGCUUCCUGGAUCCUAAUGGAUAUUUGGUCCGGUAACUGAUGGAUGUCUUCGCUCUCCGUAUGAGGACAUCCAGCGUAAAAUUUUCCCUCAUAAAAAAGCAUUGAUUUAAUUCUUUCCUAUGGGGAUGUCUAAUGUGCACACGGUAUUUGUUCAUUACGGGAUGUCGGAUGAGGCGGAGCCGCGACCCAGCGCCCAGGAUCAUCGGCACUGGGGUAAGGUAAGUAAAUAAAGGGUUUGUAUUCCUUUGUAUUUCUUGCACUUAUAGUAUCCUUUUAAGAUCUACCACCAAUGAAGAAUGCAUGCCUGUAUUAAAUAUUUACUAAUCAAUUAAUUAUUUUUUUUUUUUUUAAAUAAAAUCAGUUUGGUGUAGUCCUUUAAAUUAGGACUUCCAAUUUAAAGGCAAUCUGUCGUGACUUAACUCACACAUCCCUCUCAAGCACUGUCCUUACAGAGGUGGGUGUUAUAUUUCUGUAACACCACCUCCAGGCUGCCCUCCCUCCUCCCAGUCUUUGCAGUGAUUUUCCCUGCUUGUGAACACUUUGCAAAGUAGGGCAGACCACCUCCAUGACACUGACACUGGCUUCAUUGCCAGUGGCCCAGUUUCUGAACAAAGUGACGUCAGUUACUCUGUUUCUAUACUCCCUAACCACAGCACUAGCAAUGUCGGCUUGGUAGUUUCCAUAGCAACCAUAGUAUAUGUGCUGUGGUUGCUAUGCUUGGAGAGCAGAAGUACUGCUUGUAGGAAGUCUCUUCUGCUCUUUAUUAAUAAUCCAUUCUCCAACACAGAGUAUACGUCAGGAAAAUUGACAGCUGGGAGAGAGACCUAUUUUUUUUUUUUAAUAUAUAUUUCUCCCAAAACUGCUAGCACAAUGUAUAGAUGAAAUUUGAUGCUCUUUAAAAAGAGAAAAUGUGGUUUUGGCCAUGACUGGUAUUCUGUAAGACCCCCUCACCCCCUUCUUUUUUCAUAAUGACAUGCACUUGACUGUGUUGGUUAUGGGGGGGGGGUUUAUGGCACUUUUUGUUUAUUGUAAUCUUUCUCAACAGCUUUCCAUAAAGGAGAUCUGGAACUUCUUAUCGAUGAAGAGGGAAAGAUCCAGACUGAACCAGUAAGGAAAGUUCCUCUCUCAGAUUCCAUGUGUGCUGAGGGCUCUUCUCCAAACAGUUUAAAAAAAGGUAAUUUCAAAAAUCUUUGCAAAACUAUGAGGUGCACUCUGUAAACACUUUGUGUUUUUCAAAAGUUUUAUGCAACAUUUGUUCAUGAAUUGUUGCACAGUCAUGGCUGUUUAAAGGGACACUAUAGGCACCCAGACCACUUAAGCUUUUUGUCCCUAUUGCACUUAGUGUUGCAAUGUGAAGCAUUGCAGUUCCAGAGAAACUGCAGUGUUUACAUUGAGCACUAAGUCUGCAUGAGCAUUCGCUCCCGCUCGUCAAGGGACGUCGAUGGAGGCGGAGCCACGACCCAGCGCCAAGGGAUAGGUAAGUAAAUAAAUGGUUUUUAACCCUUUAUGCAACCGGGGCAGGUGCGUAGGGGAGGCAGAGGGAGCUGUAGUGACAGGAAUACAGCUUUGCAUUGCUGGCACUAUAGUAUCCUUUAAAUAUUGCCUGUUUCAAAUAACUGUAACAAGAGUGAUUAUCAGCGAGCUUGACACCGUUGUGAAAUGCUAGUCAACAGGGCUGUAUAGUCCUGUAGAAGGUUUUUGACACCGUUUAUAGUCAAUACACUAAAUAAUUGGGUCUCUUCUGAGAGCAAAGAUGAGGUUGUUCUUAAAGUGGCACUGUCGUUUUUUUUGUUUCCUUUCCUCUUCCUCUCUGUAUAUUAAUAAUUAUGAUCCCAACAUUGCCACUUGUCUUUAUUUAUAUGUAUCUUCUCUUUCUAUAGCUGGUUCUCUAUACUUUGGUGUCUUUAUUUUGUUCUCCUCUGUUCAUAAUGUCUACAGUUUGUCCUUCUGUGGGAUUCUUUUGACUGAUUGAUUGUCGAAAAAUUGCCUUAUAAGGACACUCCAGACCCCUAAUGCACUUUAGCUUGCUAAAAAGCUUUUUUUUUUUUAUAAAUUCUUUAUUUUGAAGUUUAGAUGGAGUACAUUGUCGGGGUGGGGGUACAGAAAGAAAGUAGGAAGGGUAUUGUUCAUGGUACAUAUAUGUAUUACAUUCAGUUUUUGUAUACAAUGGAUUGCUUAUCCACGUACAAGUGGAGUUUGGUCAGUGACAUUUUUAGCUUAUUAUUAUGCCAGGUGUUCUCUUUCGUUCUCGUGACGGUCUGCAGUCCAGUUUCUUCUAGGGUUCAGGGUGGGGUACAGACAUUAACGAGGUGGGGGAAGGGGUGCCCUCUCGUAGUGAGUUGUUGCGUAUGUUUUGAGGGUUGCUGUGGCGAGGUCUAGUCUUGCGGUCUGGGUGUCCUGUAUCUCGUCGUUGUGGGUAUAUAGUUUUGGGUGGGUUGCAGUUUUGUUCUGUUCGUGGCUGUUCAGUGUGGUGUGGGGGGUGAUGGUGAGGGUCGGGGGUCGGCAAGUGUUGUCCUGGAUUUCUGUUGUAUUGUUCCCAGGUUGUCGUUGGGGUGGGUAUGUAUUUUAACGUGUGUCUAGAGUCGGCUGGCCUUGUGGAUCUGGAAGGGGGCAAGGGGAAAGGGGGAGGACGGGGGAAGAAGAAGAAGAAAAAAAAAUAAAAAAUUAAUUUGUAAAGAAGGGGGGGUGGGGGGGGAGUCUUUGGGUUGGUAUGGUACCCUGAUGUGGGGCUUCGUGCGCCCUGUUCCGGGGUGUGCUGGGUGUGUGGGAUGCUCAGUGGGUGCUGGGAGGGUCUGGGUAUUCGUAGAACCAUGGGUCCCAGAUUUUAUGGGAGAGUUUGGUGGUAUCAUGCAGUAAUGCGGACAGUUCGUCCAUUUUAAUUGUGUCUGUUAUUUUUUGUCUGAUCGAUUCCAUGGUUGGUGUUUCAUUGCUGCCCCAUUUUUCGGCUAUCGCCCUUCUGGCCGCUAAUGCUAUUUUUGCUGUCAGUUUAUUUUGGGCUCUGGGAAUGUCAGCGUGUGGUUUCGAUAGCAGCCAGAUCCAGGGGGUUAGUGGAAUGUCUGUGUGUAGGAUUUUGGAGACCAUGGUUGCUACUUGUUGCCAAAUUUGUUUGAUCGGGGGGCAUUCCCACCAUUGGUGUAGAUAGGUUCCUUUGUGGCCACAUCCCUUCCAGCAUAAAUCUGUAUCUGACCUGCCCAUCUGUUUAAGCUUAAGGGGGGUGAUGUACCAUCUCAUGAGCGUUUUGUAGGCCUGUUCUUUGUGAUUUACGCAGAUAGAGAUCGUCGCUGUGGCCUCCCAGAUAUCGACCCAGUCUGUAGGGUCCUCUGCCGGGCCUAGGUCCCUCUCCCAAGCCGACACGUACGUGAGGGCUCCGUUUUUGACGUUUUGGAUAAUGUGUGUGUAGAGUGCUGAGAUUUGUCCCUUUUGGAUUGGGGCUUGCAUGCAUUGGUUCUUGAAGGCGGUAGGUGCCGUUGUCCCCACUUUUAGAUAUUCCGGUGUUGCUAGGAAGCUUCUGAUCUGUAUGUGCCUGAAUAGGUCAAAUGUUUGGAAUGGUGUCGUUUGUGGUAGUUCGGAGAAUGGGGUAAUUUGCUGGCCCUGGAAGAAGUGGUAUAGACGUGUGAGGUUGUUGUCCUCGUAGCGCGUGAAAUCCUUGGGUGUCAUGCCUGGGGUGAAUUUCAUGUUGCGGAGUAUCGGGGUGAGGGGGGACGGGGAUGCGAUGAGACCACUUUUGUGUGCAACUUUGUCCCAAAUUCUGAUUGUGUUGGUCAGGGCUGGGGUGGUUCGUGGCAUAGGGGGUCUAGCUUGUUUUGGUAGCCAUAUGUAGAGGGAUGGGUGAUCUCUACCGAACAUGUCGUGCUCGAGGUCUACCCAUCGCUUAACUCCGUAGGGGGCGUGCAGGUGUUGAGCUUGCGUGAUUUGCGCUGCUUGAUAGUAAUGGAUAAGAUGAGGGAGACCGAGGCCUCCUGCUCUAUUUGGGACAUAUAGGGUUUGCCUUUUUAUGCGUGGGCGUCGGUUGGACCAUAUGAAUUGGUCUAUUCGCGACUGUAGCUGUUUGAAGUCUGGGGUAUGGAGUGGGAUCGGGAGAGUUUGAAAUAAGUAUAGCAGUCUGGGUAGUAGGUUCAUUUUGACUGAGGCCAGUCGUCCUAGCCAGGAUAUCGACAUGUUCUGCCAGAUAGCUAGGUCAUGUGUGAGCUUUUGUAUGGUUGGGGUGUAGUUCUUAGAGUAUGUUUGGGUGAGGUCUAAUGUUAAGGUAACGCCUAAGUAUUGGAUUUGGGUAGAGUUUAGCUUAAAAGGGUAUGUCCUCUGUAGGUGCGCUAACGUGGGUGGGUCUAUGUGUAUGGGUAAGGCUUCUGUUUUAUCAAUGUUGAGUUUAUAUCCGGAUAUUGCGGCAUACUGCUCUAAGGCGUGCAUGAGUGGAGGUAAGGAGGUUGUUGGGUCGGUAAUGGUUAUAAGCAGGUCAUCUGCGUACGCUGCGGUCUUGUAUUCUUCUUCACGGAUUUUGAGGCCUUUUAUGGCUGUGUUUCGUCUGAGGUUCUGUAAAAGCGGUUCUAGAGAUAGGGCAAAUAAUAAAGGGGAUAGGGGACAUCCCUGACGUGUUCCAUUGUGUAUGGUGAACAUAGGUGGUUGUGUGAGGGGAAGUUGGAGACUGGCCCUCGGUGAAGCGUAUAGUAUUUGUAGGGUUUCUAGGAAGCCCGUGGGGAAUCCGAAUUUAUGUAGGGUUGCAAACAAGUAUGGCCAGAGCAGCCUAUCGAAGGCCUUUUCUGCGUCAAGUGAUAGUAUUAGAGUGGGGAUCCGUUUCGACGUUGCGGCCCAUAUAAGGUUGUAUGUUCUUCUAGUGUUGUCGCUGGCCUGUCUUGUGGGUAUAAAACCUACUUGAUCGGGAUGGAUCAGUUGAGGUAGAUAUGGGCAUAUCCGAUCUGCCAGGAGUUUAGUGAAUAAUUUUAUGUCCACGUUAAGUAAGGAAAUGGGCCUAUAGUGUCCCGGGUCUAAGUGUGUUUUAUUGGGUUUGGGAAGGAGGCAGACUGUGGCCUGGAGCAUCUCUUGUGGUAGUGGGUCACCUUGUAGUAUGGCGUAUAAGUUGCAGAGAUGCGGGGAGAGUGUGGGGGCAAAUGUUUUAUAGUACACUCCUGUAAACCCGUCCGGUCCUGGGCUUUUUUUUGGUUUGAGCGAUUUCAUGGUGCCCGCGAGUUCUUCUGGUGUCACCGGAUCCAUUAGUUUUUGUGCUGCUUCGUUUGGCAGGGACGGCAACGGGGUAUGUGUUAGGUAGUGGUCGAUGAGUGUUUUGGUGGUGUUUGGGUUCUGCCUUAUAUCGGGGUUGUGAUCAUAUAGGGACGUGAAAUAGCUUUGGAAAACCUCUGAAAUCGUGGUGGGGUCUUCUGUUAUGGUCCCAUUUGGUGUGGCUAUUUUAGUUAUUUGUUUCUGGGCUGUGCGGUGCCUGAGUUUUCGUGCCAGUAGAGUGUCGGCUUUGUUUGCCUUAUCAUAAAAGAGUUGUUUCGUCCACAGUAGGGCUUUUGUCGAGUCUUUUUUCAUGUGCUCUUUGAUUUCCGUCUGACAUUUCGCAAUUUUGGCCGCCACUUCUGGCGUAGGGUCGGAUUUUAGUUUAGUCUCUAGGGUUCGGAGUGUUGCCAGGGUGUGUUCCAGGUGAGAGAGUUGCUUUCUCUUUUGUAUGGUUGCUUGAUUUAUUAGUGUCCCCCUAAGGACUGCUUUGUGGGCCGCCCAUAGGGUGCAUUUGGAGUCCACUGAGUCUGUGUUGAGUUCGAAAUAUUCGGACAGGGCCUUUGUGACCGUUGUGCGGAUCUGUGGGUUAUGGAGGAGAGUGGGGUUAAGCCUCCAUGUCCACGGUCGGGUGGUGCCUGGGAUAGUGAAUGUUAGGGUGGUAUCUGCAUGGUCGGACCAGGUAAUCUGGCCUAUGGACGUGUUCUUGAGCGAGGGUGCUAUCGCCGGGGAUAUUAAGAUAAGGUCUAUGCGGGAGUGUGAUUGAUGUGGGUGGGAGAAGAAGGUGUAAUCUAGUGUAGUGGGGUGUUGAGAUCUCCAAGCAUCUAUGAGGUGGGUCCGGUCUAGGAAUGUUGCAAAGAGUUUGUCGGCUUUUGCCGUCGGGGGUCGGCGUUGUGUGUGGGUUUUGGCUCGGUGUCUGUCGACGGUGGGAGAUGGAGUAGCAUUGAAGUCUCCUCCGACGAUCAAGUGGUGGUAGGGGAAUAGUGUCAGAUGUGCUCUAAGGGUGUUCCAGAAUGAACUGGUGGGUAUGUUGGGUGCGUGUACUGAGGUGAACGCAUAUUGUUGUGGUCCGAUUUUGCCCUUUAUUGUGAGAUAUCUACCCUGUGGGUCGGCUAUGGUGUGGGUUACUGUGAGGGGGCAUGACUUCCGUGUGAUGAUGGCGACUCCGUUUUGUUUGCCCGCCGGGGAGCUGGCGAAGUAGUUCACCCGAUAGUGUCGGCUCAGGAGAGGGAACUGUUUGGCUUUGGUGAAGUGCGUUUCCUGGAGUAGGAGGAUAUCCGCCUUUGUGUUAUUGGCCCACCUCAUGAGUUGGUGCCUUUUGGAGGGGUUGUUUAGGUCUUUGCAAUUGAUCGAUAGGCAGGUCAGAGUGGCUGGCAUCUUUCGCGGGCUGGGUGUUUGGGUAGGGAUGGGAAAGGGGGGAGAGGAGAGGGGGGAGAGAGAGAAGAAGAAAAAAGAGAAAAAAAAAAAAGGGGGGGUAUUAGUUUGUAGCUAGGGGUUAUAGAAUAAACAUGCCUUGUCUUACUAAGCUGCUGCCAGGCGUCGUGUGGGCGGAGGGUGUUACGUCUGUAGGCUUGUGUUUUCUGUGUAUGGUUUAAGUCCUAUCCACGGCCUCUGUCCCAAGUUGGAUUGGGGAGAGUGUCGGGGGUGUGUCGUCCGUGUGGGGUCGUGGGGAGAAGACGGUCGGAAUACCGGGCGCUGUCCUCCCCGGGAUACUUCGGUUGUCGGAUUUUGCUGUUUCGCACGGUGUGGUGGGGGGUUGGUCCCUUAUGCGGUUUGUGGUCUACCCUGGGGUGGGUUGUUAUGUGGGUUGGUUCGGGGAGUAGUCAGGUGUGGGUGUGUGAGGUUGUCUUGUGCCACUGAGGUCUAGGUGUGGGGGUAUUUAGCCCCUGUGGUGAGUCGCUCAGCCUAUAGGGGUGUUCCAGAGUCCUGAGGGGGGUGGUGCUGUGGCAGUCGUCAUUUUUGGUCUGUUGGGGGGGUUUGGUGUGGGGACCCCUCGGUUGUGUGUUCGGUGGGGGGUAGGGCGUGGCGCGGGGUCUGGUGCCCUUGAUAGUUGGGGGUUGUUAUGGUGUAUGGCUUGGCGGUUGGUGGGGUUGGUCUGUGCGUGAGUGAGGUGUCCCUCGGUCCUCUGUGAGGAGGUCUGUGGUUUUCGCGGUGCCCUGAGUGAUGUCUGAGUGUUGUGUUCCUGCCAUUCUCUAAGUUAGGGAGGUCAGCUAUUGGGGGUUGUGGCUAGCUGGGGUGUCCUGGGUUCUCCAGGUCAGCUGGUCUGCUGUGGGUGUCGGUGGUCCUGGGUGUGUAUCCGGUGCGGUCUCAGUCCCGUAAGUGGGCCUCAUGUCUCGUUGGUAGGGGGGUGGUCAAACGUCAUGUCGAGGUCUUGAGGUCUGCUGUGCGUGGGUGGCAUCGUGUGCCCGAUGAAUGGAUUAGUAGAGCUUGUAGUAGGAUGUCAAUAAUGACCCUUGGCAGUAGCAGUUAACAGCAAGCACGUCCGUAACAGUAUAGCAUUUAGUAGAAUGCAAUUAACACAUUGGGUGAGUGACCUUUGACAAUAGUCGUUAAGCAUUGAAUUAGUCCAUAACACUUGAGCAUUUAGUGGAAUACAAAUAACACAUUGGGUAAGUAACCUUUAACAUUGGUCGUUGAACCUUUAACCAUUCUAUAACAUUAGAACACUUAGUAGGGUGCGGGGAACACAUUGGGUAAUGGGCCUGCUACCUUUUGCCUGAGACAGUGUUACAUUCCUAACUGGGUCUCCCCUCUGCGCAUGGUGUCAGGUUGAUUUGGGGGGGUAUGCUUGUUACCUCGUGGGACGGACGCGGCGACGGCGGGAGGGCGACCGGUGUGCUGUUCGUGCUAGAGGGGUCCAUUGCCCUCCGGGUUGUUGGAUUGGCGGCCUGGUUGGUGGGGUGCCUGUGGUGUUUAGCAUACGAGGCAGAUGGCUGCAGGGGGUAGACCUUUCACCGGCCGCCCGCCGCGCCGCGCCCCGCCCCCCCUUUCCCCCCCCCUCCAUGGACCCUCCGUUGGUUACAUGGUAGCGGUGGCGCUAGUGUGUGGUGAAAUAAGGGUUGGUGGGGGUGUGGUAUUUAACCCCGGCAUCUCCAUGAGUCAGGUAUGAGGUGUGGAGUAUAGGGGUUUUUCUCAGGCUGCGCUUAGUCACGUUAGUGACUGCACAGGCAUAUAGGAUUUUCUAUGAAUUAAAUAAGGUAGAGAUUUCCCUCCCUGCUCUCUUGGCGGUCAUGGCAGGGCCAUAUUGGAAUGUAGAUGGGGGUUGCCCAUCUCGGAGUUUUGUGACGAGAAGAGGGACUGGAGUUACGUGGGUUUUCCUUCCCUCCUGUUGCGGGUUUAUAUGGCCCGCCCUGGCUUAGACAGGAAACAGGUGUGGCAUUCUAAAUGAGGGUUUUUGCAUCGUUGUUUGCGAUGUGAUGUGAUGCCCCCUGGUCUGGUGGAAGCAAUACGUGAUAUGCCCUGCGGGGGUUAUGUGCGUGUUUGCAUUCCCUGAGGGUGCGUGGUGGUUCUGUCCAUGCGAUUGGCGUGUCCCCAAAUGUGAUGGCCCUGUGUGGCUGUUGUAGGGGCGUACCCCUUUAAUGCGUGGGUGUGGGGAGGGUUCUAUAUCUGGCCUUUGGGGAUCUAUCUUGUAUGCCCUGAGCCCAGUCUCACGUGUGUAGGUUGUGGUCGGGCCUGGGAGCGGGAGGGGGUCCCAGUGAUGGCUGUGUCAGUUUCCGCUGUGCGGUGGCAGGGCUAUUCCCUUUGUCUAGGUUAUAAACUUUAAACAGUAUAAUAAAUAACUAAUAAUAAACAAUAAACUGGAUACUUAAGGUUUGGAGCUGGAUUAGGUUAGGAGAGUCUCUUGUAAUAUAUUCAGGCCUCCCGUUGUAGCUCAGUUCAAUUGUUCAUGUGGAGUUGUCCAUUAGGUACGGAGUGGGGCCUUGACUUGGUCUGUUGUCUGGGCUGACGGGGUCUCAGCUCGCUGUGUCUGUUGUUCUCCGCGGGUGGGUUGGUAGCCGGUGUUGGUUGCCGCAGUAAGAGGCCGAUGUGGGUGGCAAAGUCCUGCAUAUCCGUGACUUGAUGUAGGGUGUAUGUUUGAUCGCCCUUUUUGACGAGAAGCUUAAAUGGGUGGCCCCACAUGUAUCGCCAGCCCUUCUCCAUGAGGGCGGUCGUGAGGGGCUUGAGGUCCCGGCGUUUCUUCAGGGUGGUCGGUGCCAGGUCCUGGUAGAAGUGCAGUGUGUGCCCCUGGUAAAUUGGGGGGUUGUCUCGUGCUGCUUUCAUGAGUCGUUCCUUUAUAGGGAAGUGCAGGAGUUUGGUAAUGACGUCCCUGGGCGCAUUUAGGUUGAAGGCUGGGGGGCGCAGGGCCCUGUGCGCACGUUCGAUGUAGCGCUCCUGUUCAGAUGUGUCUGGUAAGAUUGAUUGGAAGAUUGUUUGGACCGUAGGUAAUAUAGCAUCCGGCUGGAUAGAUUCGGGCAGGCCCCUAAUUCUUAUAUUCUGCCUCCGCGAUCUAUUAUUUAGAUCCUCUAGGCCGUCCUCCAGGUAUAAUACCCUUUCCUGCAGUGUCUCAAUAACUCUGGAGUGUUGCGUAGUUGCGGCCUGUGCUUCUGUUAGCCUUUUUUCCGUGUGACUAGUGCGUGAGGCCAAGGCUUCAAUGUCCUCCUUGAGGCCUGCAAUUUGUUUCUCUAGGGCGGCUGUCGUGUAGGCCUUUAUGUCGUCCGAGGUCUCUCUGAGCAUCCUUCUUAGGUCUUCCUUUGUGAGGGGUGUCGUUUGUUCCUCAGUGGGGUCGUACCCCUCAGAGUCGGAGCCCGAUUCCAUGGGGCCUUGUGAUAAAGAUGGCCGCCCGCUGUCCUUACCGCGGAACAUCGUGGCCACGGACGGAGUGGUGUCCCGCCUUUUUUUAUUGCCUCCCAUGGGGUAGGUGGAUGGAGGGUAUGUGGAUCGGUGGUAGGGUGGAUUAUGGGGUGAAUUGCCGUUUCAGCGUCGCUGAUGAUAGCGGAUAGUGAUCCCGGGGUCGGAGAGCUAAGGGCUCACACGUCCGUCUCCAUGAAGGGUUAGGCUCCGCCCUCCGCUAAAAAGCUUUAUGUGUGAAGAGUGUGCCCUCCUUUUUUUUGUUUUGUUUUUUAUUUUGCAAAUAGUGCAGAUUUCAAUAGAAAUUUACACUUUUCUAAAUUAACCUGGUUACACACCCUUAGCUUCCAGGCAGACAACAGCUCCUGUCACUUCCUAGUUCGGUUAGCUUAGUUGCACUGAACUCAAGACGCAGCAGUUGCCCAGAGCACCUGUCUUUUUGAAAGACUUCUCAUUGAGCUGCAUUAGGAAGUCUGUGAUUGGAUAGCAACAGAAAGGCUGGACUGGGUUAGAGUGGGAGAGCUUGCAAAGGCAACACACAAGAGAGCUGCAGGUUUUGCAAGCUGUUUUUAUAUAUACCACAAAUGAAAUAAUCCAUUAUUAAAUGCAUGCAAGUUUUAAUUUCUGGUAUAUCUACUAAACAGUGGUUUUUAUUUAUUUUGUAUUUGUGCAGUCCUUUUAACAACCAAAAUGGAACCUUGCUUCAGCUGCCAAUAGCCAGACUAUACUCCCCCUAAAACAGUAGCCACUAAUUAUUCUUAUGUAUAACUAAACUAAAGUGAAUUGCAAAAAAUAAAAACAUAAAGGAGCAGAAAAUGAUUUAAGAACUAAAGCUACAAUAUUACAGAGGUACUUUAAGGUAUGUAGUAUGUGCCUGAAACUGACAUCCCUCCAUCUACCUAUAUCAGACAAUCAACAUCAGUGGAUACAAUCCCUUUGCUUGUUUCAUACCACUUCAUAUGAAUAAUUUGUUAUAUAUGGCUAGAUUGUAACAAUGUUAGGCCGUCCAUGCAGACCAAUGAAUAUUAAAUGGACACUAAAGCUACCAGAACCACUAUAGCUUAACCCCUUAAGGACACAUGACAUGUCCUGAUUCCCUUUUAUUCCAGAAGUUUGGUCCUUAAGGGGUUAAAGUAGUUAUUCUGGUGUGUAUAGCAUGUCCCUGUGGGCUUUUUAAUGUAAACACUGCCUUUUAGUUUAGACCGCCUCUAGAUGUGCUUCCAGGGUGGAGCUGCUCAAACAGACGUUCAGUGUCUCUACGCUCUGCAUUGAGAUGCUGAACGUUCCCCAUAGAGAUGCAUUGAUUCAAUGCAUCCCUAUGGAGAGAUGCUGAUUGGCUCAGUGCAGCGUUGGCUGAGAUUGUCAAUUUUGAUAAUUUGAGCCAAGGAGGUGGCGCAGGGCAAGCCGCGACCGGAUCUGCACAACACUGGAAUAAAGGUGAGUUUUACACCUUUUAAUUUCCUUGCAGUGGGCAGGUGUCCUAAAUAGUGAUAUUAGAACUAUAGUGUCAGGAAUACAUGUUUGUAUUAUUGAUACUAUAGUUUUCCUUUAAGGAGCUCGCAAUUAAAAAUGUUUAACUAUUUAGUAGAUAGACUCACAAAGAAAUAUGGAAAAACUGUUUGCAAGCCCUAUCAUUGGCACCAAUCAGAGGCGUUUCAUUCUUAACUCAUUUGGGCUCUCAGCUUUCAUAUGCUUCUCAAUGAACUGUAGUAAAGUGAACCUGCUGCUUCCGAUAGUUCUGUGGCACUAACAGCAGCGGAAAAACAUCUCCCUGGCUCACACUCUGAUGUCACUUGUUUGCUUCUGCCCCCAAUUUAAAAGUACCGAUUUCUAUUCUGAACUGUGGGGAAAAAAAACCUGACACAUUCCAUACACAUAAAGCACUUCAACAAGCUUUAUGUGUUUAAAAUGUACCUUUAAUACCACAUAUACAAAACAGAAAAACAUGUUAAUUUAUUUCCCUAUAGAGGUUUUGUGUAUAUGGAAUAUUAUUUAACAUGCACCAUUUUUAUGUAUUUUUCCUAUUCUGUCCUUAUGCUUUAUCUGUGUAUCUCUUUUACAGUUUAUUUUUUAUAUUUUUUGUGGUCACAAUUUUGUUUUUUCCUGCAAUGUUCAUGUUACAUAUUUGGAUGCAAAAAUUUAUUUGUGUAAUAUAUAUUUUUGUCAUGCAUGCAGGGGAAAUUGGGCAAACACCCCUUUACCAAUACAUUUUGCAGGGUAGUGGGUGAAAGUAAAUAAAGUUUUAAAAAUAGAAGAUGUGUUACCAAGGAUAUUAACACAUUCAUUAGUUAUCUGUUUCCCAGAUAGCUAGGAAUUCCAAGCUCCAGGUCAGAUUGUCUUAUCUGGUUUUCCCUUGUAGUAACAGCAGUGUCUUCCUCCCUUCUUACAGGCCUACUGUACCUGUUUUCUCACUUUCAUAUUUGAAAAUGGCUACAAUAAGUUUUCUUUUGGAUCAACAGCAUAAAAGAAUGGUUGAACUAGUUGGACUUUUUUUCACCUUAUAUUACUAUCUAUCUAUGAACAUACUUAGACAAAAUGAUCUGCCGUUCCUGAGAUGGGCCUCUUGAGGCAGGUUUCUACAGCCAUAAUUAUAUGUAUGUGAUAGAUAUUACCCUAAUUCUGUCUAAUUUAUUGUGUAUCCCUAUAUUUCUGUGCAGCUUUCCAUAAAGGAGACCUGGAGCUUCUUAUUGAUGAGCAGGGGAAGAUCCAGACUGAACCAAUAAGGAAAGGUCCUCUCUCAGAUUCCAUGUGUGUUGAUGGCUCAUCUCCAAGUGGUUUAAAAAAAGGUACAUUUCAGACACACUUGCAAGAAAUGGUAUACAGACAUUAGUUAAUUAUUUCACUAAACUUAAAUGUAUCCUUUUUUUUAUUUUAUACAUUAGGGAGACACAAUACACAACCUAACCUCUGCAGUUCGCUAUAGUACUUAGACUGUGUAGAGUCCCUUGGCACUGUCCCUUGGUUUAAUAUCGAACAGUUUAAGAAAAGUUUUAUAUAAACCAGGAUUUUCCUGUUGCCAAGCAUUGUCAAUUUCAUCCAACCUGGAUGGCAUAUUGGCUGACUGUUCCCUACCAUAAGAUGCAAUAAGGAUUCUAUCCUAUUGUGUUCUUAAGGUGCUUCCGUAACAGAACACAAGUAUUGGAUGUUUACAAUAGUGGGACACACAUGCUCUGUGGAUUAACCUAAAAUAAAACACGUGUGAAAAAAAAAAAAAAAUUUAAAAUGUUAAAAUGCUCUUGAUUAAAUGGCCUGGGGGAUGUACUUUCUACAAAGAUAUAUUUUAUGUAGCGGGAUUGCCAAAUAUUGCCAUAAAACUAUAAUUCACUCCUUGCAAUAUUUAUUUUAUUAGACAUAUUGAGCAUUUUGACAAUCAAGAAUAAUUAAUCUAUUUUGAGUUAUAUUUUUUUAUUUGCGAUUGUGUAGAAAUUAUUAACUGUAAAACUGAGAAAAAUGUGUUUUUUUUUUUUUUUUUUUAAUUUAAAAAUAUAUUUAUUCAUAAUCUGCAUUACGUUAUGUCAACAUAUAGGGUUUCGAAAGAAAGCCCUAUUUCUCCUUUGAAAAUGAUUUCUAAUUGUAUGGGUCACAUACAUACAAGGGUUACAUGUCAAGAGCCUUGGUCAUUAAGGUGUUAAAAGGACUAGCACUCUUGCACUUCCCAAAAUGACUAAAAAGUCCAAGAAUGCUGGUACUUGGAGACCUGGCAUGAGCACUAGGCAAUAUUACUUGCAAGCUGUGAGUGCUCCGUUUGUACUGGAAUAUGUCCCAAGACAUACUUCUCUGGAGAUAUAUUUGUUUCUUCAUAUGAAAGUAUGAUUCCUUCCUUUUUUUUUUUUUAUUGUUUAACCAAAUCUCAAAUAGGAUGCGGAUUUGCAUUAGCAGACAAUUAACAGAGCAGGACUAAAUACUGUUUGCUUGCGGACACUCAAAAUUCGAUCAGGUUCCAAACUGAAGACUUAUUUUCAGGAAGUGUGUAGGGAGGUUGAAGAGGCAUAAUCCAUACACCAAAAUGACUUCAUAAAAGGAACACCAUAGCAUUAAGAAUACAGGCAUGUAAUCUUAAUGCUAUAGUGCUGGACUACCUAUUUAAGUAUUCAAUGGCCUCAUCUCAAUUGCUUAGAUGAUCGAUCUCAGCCUAUCCAAUAUUUUUCCAUAGGAAAGCAUUGGGAGGCUACUGUGCCUGUGCUUUGACUCAAUCCAUCUCUAUGGGGAGAAUGUAUCAUCUCCAUGCAUGCAAAGAUUGCAGGACCUAACUCAGGAAGUCCCUCUAGUGGCUGUCCGAGUGACUACCACUAGAGGUGUGACUAGGUAGCAAUGUAAGCACUGCAUUUUCUCUGAAAAGGUAAAAUUUAUAUUGCUGAGUCUGCAGAGACCUAUAGCAUGGGUGCCAAAAAAGGUAGAUCCCCAGAUGUUGUAGAAGCUGUAGUUUUAAAACAUCUGGAGAUCUACCAGGUCUAUAACCUGGUAGAUCUGGUAUAGCACCCCUGGUCUAUAACCACCAAAACCACUACAUUAAGCUGUAGUGAAUCUGUUGACUAAAACCACUUUAGCCUAAAGGGACACUAUAAAGCUUUGACCGGUCCUUUAAAUCCUACUUUGUUUGACUGCGGUGGGUACAGUGGGAUCCAGUGGGGAUGCUAAUUUAUAAUUUCUAUGUACUGCCUUUAUGCAAUGUUUUUACCUGAACUUUGUGGUAGCAGUGUUAUGUACAAGCCAUUUUUUUUUUCUGGGAGAAAUAUCAAUGGAAACAAAUGGAAUGUUACUGAUUACUCCAUAUUUGGAUUUGUUGGUUUAUUUUUAUUUAUUUUUUACAUAUAUUCAGCAUGUUUGUGAAGACAACCCUUUUUUAAAAAAAUUUUUUUUAUAUAUAUAUAAAUCCCUAUAAAAUAAUAAUAUUUGUUUUUUCCGUUUGUCGUUUUGUUGAAAAGAUAUACAUGAGCAUGUAAAUCUUUUGUAUGUUUAAAAGAACAAAGAAAAGAAAAAAAAACAUUUGAAAUUGCAUGUUGUGUUUUUCAGCGGGCCGAGGGAAGAAAAUUUCCCUUUUCACUUCAUACUGUGUCUUACAGCAGCCUCCUCAGGAUGGUUUCGAGAGUGAGUGCCAAAACAAAAUGCUUCCUCCCCAUCUGCUGACAGACAGUGCAUGCAAUUUCAAAUAUCUUAAGUUCUAUCCAGGUAUAUACGCAUUUACAUAUAUGUUGCUGAAUUGUUUUAGAUCUGAUUUUCAAAUUCAAAAUGAAGGUUCUCCUACGAGGUACAACCAUGUCUCUAAAGCAUAAAACUUGAAACUAGAAUAUCUGUAAAUCAAAUGCCUUGAGAUGCUAGUGCAUAAUUCUAGUUUGAAAAAUGUUAAAAUAUCUAUAUUGUGAACAGAUCUGGCUCAUUUACAGUAUUUUAUGUAAGCAAAGUCAUGUUCAGUAUAUUUUAUACAGCAAACACUCUGUUUUCAUAUUGGAGCUUUAAUUUUUGUUUUCCCUAUUGUUCCGCAUCGAGAUUUCAGUAAUGCUCAUCCAGUCUAGAAACUGGCUGAGCAUCUUGGGAGGCACAAUCCACAACUGCUGGAGUGGUAAAGGUGGAUAUAAACAGCACCUGGUUUUAAUGCACCUGAAAUGGAGAAAAAUGCUAUUGGUGCACAUUGAAGAACAAACAAUAUAAUCUUUUUAAAUGUCUGUGAAAUAGGUGAAGAUAGUAGAACUGUCUACUUAAUCAUAUGUAGAAUGUUUACAUAUAGAUUACAAGUACAUUAGAUGGUUAUUGUGCACCUGUUAUCCAUUGUUGGAUAUGGGAUAUUAACCAUUUUUAUCCCAUUCAGUGGAAAAGGAACUGAGGCAAAAUAAAAUUAUUUAUACAUUUAAUAGCAAUGUAUCAAGCACAUCAUGAGCCAAAUCGUAUUCAUUGAUCAGUAUGACUGGUUCACUAUAUUAAUAUUUGAAUAAUUUCUCAACUGUAUGUCCCCUUUUCCUUAUAUAAUAUUUAUGCUUCUGUCCUAGAUUCCUUUGUUGUUCCAGACCGAGACCUGUAUGUGGAAGAAAAGGCUUUAGUCAACAUGCAUGAUUGUGAAAUAACACCUCAUCCAGCGCCUUCCUGUUCAUCUACUAGGAUAACUGGUAACAGGACCUACAGGAGCAAAAAUACUCAUGAUAACAUGAUCAGAAAAAUGCACGAGGAAGAGCACCACCAGCAGAUGUCCAUCCUUCAGCUCCAAUUAAUACAAAUGAAUGAGGUCCACGUGGCCAAGGUGCAGCAGAUAGAAAGAGAGUGUGAGAUGGCAGAGGAGGAGCACCGAAUAAAGAUGGAAAUCCUGAAUAAAAAGAAAAUGUAUUGGGAAAGGAAACUGCAAACAAUCACCAAGGAGUGGCCAGUAGCUUCGUUCAACAGGCCCUUUCCCAAUUCACCUUGAAGUUUAAUUUGAUGGUGGUGAGAAAGAAAAGGAUGUUUAGGACAAGUUGGCAAAGCACUCUUAAUGUAGAUAAGCCAAGGAGUUGAACAAUCAGUAGGCCCAGACACUGGCGACGAUUUCUGUGUAGGAAAAAAUAGUUACAAACAAGAAUAAAAUACAAAAAAAGAAAAAAACAUAAAAUGUUAGGACAUUACAUGAGCUGGUAUUGGUUGUAAAGUCUUUUGGUUUUAGUAGUAGUUUAAAAAAAAAAAAAAUAUACAACCAGCCUACUUUAUACUACAAUGACAGUGCUGCUUAUGUCAACAUAAGCUUUACACUCUCGUGUUUCUACCCAUGGACUGUAACCUUUUUGGAGUUGUUUUCGUAACACUUAUUUUACUGACAUCAAAUCCACUUUUUAUUAUUAUUAUUAUUAUUUUUAUGUAUAUCAGUCCCAUGUCGGUUUUAUGCAUUUGUUUGGUACAUCAGUUGGGUAUAAUGUGGAUAAACACUAUCCAUUUAUUAAUCCAAAUGGGAAUUGUGUGAUGAUUUUUAAACCAGCCACCUGUUUAGAAAGCCAGGGAUCAGAAUGGCGUGGAGUGGUUCCAGCAAAUGUUAGGUGUUUUUUUUUUUUUAAAAUACUACCCAGUUUAUGGUACAAGUGUAGUGUAAGCUAACUUUUAUUUCACUCAUAUGAAAUAAUGUUUACAUAGACCUCCAGUGUAAGUGAUAUAUGGCUUGAAGUUGGUUUUGUUAUUGAUUCCAGAACAGUAUUCAUUAUAGUAUGAGGCCAAAGGUACAAACUAGUCUUACUAGUAUUACAUUAUCAAAUUCUUCAAUAAGACAAACUUCUUACUUUACAAGCACUAAAAAUGAUUUGCUG